AUGCUUCCAUGGUUCCAGCUCCAGCACCACACUCCCUCCCUCUGCACCCCAAUACAGAGACACACCGAGGGGCUGAAGUUGAGUCAGGCUGCCUGGGGCUUUGAUGGUCUGUUGGGACAUUAGUAAAGUUUCUUCUGCAUCUGAGCUCACUGACAAACCGAAAAACUGCAGGCGGCAGGUAUAUGGAGAGAUGGAGAGGAAACUAAACGAGAACGAGGCGUGCUAGCCCAGGUAUAAAUGGGUGUUUGAGAGUUUUUACUCUUCGUUAUAUCUUGGCUUCCUUGUUUAGUCACUUUCUCUCACUGCUGGAGAAAGCCAAUACUCUUUUCUCAGUCAAUCCAUCUGUUUAUCAAUACGACUUUAUAAGCACUGUAUCAAGAGGGGUAGUCGAUGAAUUUCUGACUGCCGUAUAUAUCGACUGGUUCCCCGUUAGUAAUGCCAGGCCCCAUGUGGAAGGGGCUGAGGUUAACACCACAAAUCAAGCUAAUUAAUUGCCCCAAUUUAGUCAUUAAGACUGAGUUGGAACUGAAAGCUGACACCUGCGAGGCUGCAGAGAGAUCCAGGGAAUUCACGGUUGCAUUCACUAGGCACCAAACGGAAGAAAACAGACAUGUAACAGGGAGGGACUACCUGAUCUUGUCCAAUAAGAAAGCUUGCUUUUGUUUUCCGUUGCAAAAUGUUUUUCUACGGUGUGCACUAAUGAAUACAACCCAAUAGAGUAAAGUUGCAUUCAAUGUGUUUGGUAUCAUCACAGAAGAUACACAUGUGAGAUGUCAUGCAUAGAAUGUCACUAUUACAGAGGCUGAUAUGCAGACACAGAAUGAAGUGUGUUAGGUGAUGUUAGCUGAUGCUGUCUCUGAGCUCUCUCUCCAGUGAUAACACCUUCUGCUCCAGAUUAGGGAAGAUGUGGGCCCCGUGUAGCUCAGUUGGUAGAGCAUGGCCCUUGCAAUGCCAGGGUUGUGGGUUUGAUUCCCACAGGGGGCCAGUAUGAAAAUAAUAACAAAUAAUAACAAAUAAAUAAUAAUAAGAGCGUCUGCUAAAUGACAAAAAUGUAAAUGUGCCAGGAUGGAAUACGAUGUAUAGGAGGGUGUGUGUGCUGUAGAUUAUUUAAAAGUAUGUGGAUGAUUUGGGCUGCGGAGAAGGGUGUGAUAUAGGGGGUGUGGAGUGUGAGAUAGGGGGAGGGUGGCACCUUGGGCUCUGCCAGUGCUGACUGGAGGUGUGUGGGGGUAUAAGGGGGAUAGAGAGAAAUGGGGAGAGAGGGGUAGCAUAGAGGGUUGAGAGGGCAAAGAGGUGAGUUUGUUGAGCGAGAGAGAGACCUUCACAGCAGAGAGAGAGAGAGACUUUCACAGCAGAGAGAGAGAGAGACCUUCACAGCAGACAGAGAGAGUGUUCUGUUUCGGAGCACAAUCAGUGGUGCCUUAACAGAGAAAUGGGCCGGGCCUAGCCCCUCUGUCUCUAGGUGUUGUUUGCAAUCAGUCCUCCUGGUACUGAUGGUUCGCAGGAAGCUGCCCUCCCUCCCUAUCUGAUGAGAUAGGGCUGAUAAAGAUAAGAAAGAUGGCGCCCUUAACUCUUCUUCUCUUCCUCUCAUCCACGCUCUCUUCCUCCUGUCCUCGAGUGAGGAGGACAAUUAUAGGAUGGAGAAGGUUAUGUUGGCAUGUCAACACACUCUCUAUGAGAUUGAAAUUAGCCUCCCCUCUCUCAUUCGUCACAGGCCUGUACAUCUUCUGUACUAGGACGCUUAACGCCUGAAACCAUCACCACUGUGUUUGCUGGGCACUUAUUUGGAGUGUCACACAAAAAAGGCAUUAGCACUGUAGGGGCAGGUCAGAUUGAUUGUAAACACAAAGAAUGAAGGGCCCUCAUCAUAAUGUGGCCGGCCAUCGCUCUUGUUGUUGGGGACAUGUUGUACCAUUAAUAUUAAUGGGGGUGUCUGCCCUAUCCUGCCUCUGUUGUUAGUAAUUGCAGCCUAUUAAUCAAUUUAUGCCAGCUGAGGACACAGUGGUUCAAAACACUUCCAUCCGGCUGGCUGGGGCCUUGAUACAUGAUACAUUACUGGGAUUAUAGAGCUGCGUUGGUUUCAAUAACACUCUAAUACUCAAAGACUAUGGGUAUGCCAUGACAAUGCAAUGGUAUGCAAUUUAAUUAAUAUUUCAACUAGAUACAGUAAGUCAUUGAGAACGAUAACUUUUUUGGAUGACGGCAUGGCCAAGUGGAAUACAUGAAAAUGUAGGUGUCAUUAAAAAAAGGUAGAACUCUGAACUGCAGGAAAAUAAUCUGUUGAUUGCUUGUUUGUUUCAUGUUUAGAUUCUUACCUUAUCAAGUACCAUGGAGCUAUAUGAGUAUCAAUGUUUUGUGGAGGGUUAUUAUGUUUGCAGCUCGAUACUCUAUCGAUCCCAAAAUAAUUCAAAAAAUACAUUUCCAAAGAUACAGUUUGGUAGCACGGGCUCAUGAAUCCAAAAUUCGCUUAAGGAGUGCAGUGGAAUUUAUCAAGACCCUCUCUAGACACAUUCUCAGGAAUAAAGUAAAGUCUUUGAAAUGUUAUUACAUUUACAGGCAGUCCUUACUGGCAAAUGCUGUAAUUUAGAUACAAUACAGCAACAAUGGAGACUAAAUCAUUCCUUUGCUUUAUAUUCAUUGGCUGUUAAAUCCAGUUUAAUUCUACGCUGUGGUAUUUUACUACAGACUAAUAAGAUCUUUACUGCCGAUCCUCAUUUUUCAUGGUCCUCUGUUAUACAGUCUCAUAUUAAUCCUUGUCUUUAGACUUACAAAGGUGGAAGCGAAGAACUGCAGAGGAAAGGAUGAAGUUAGGGCAUUGAACUAUAACAGCAGUUCAUAAUUGAAAUGAAAUAACCAUUCAACAAUAUUACAUCAUUAUGAUGCCCCGACUCCAUUUUGACAUGAAAUCCUAUGUUAUCUGUAGCAUACAUGGCAUGUAAGGAUGCAUAAUAUUAAUUGCCUGUACAGUGAGGGAAAAAAGUAUUUGAUCCCCUGCUGAUUUUAUACGUUUGCCCACUGACAAAGAAAUGAUCAGUCUAUAAUUUUAAUGGUAGGUUUAUUUGAACAGUGAGAAGGUCCUCUGUAGCUCAGCUGGUAGAGCACGGCGCUUGUAACGCCAAGGUAGUGGGUUCGAUCCCCGGGACCACCCAUACACAAAAAAAAUAUAAUGUAUGCACGCAUGACUGUAAGUCGCUUUGGAUAAAAGCGUCUGCUAAAUGGCAUAUUAUAUUAUUAUUAGAAGUAAACAAAUCCAGAAAAACCCAUGUCAAAAAUGUUAUAAAUUGAUUUGCAUUUUAAUGAGGGAAAUAAGUGUUUGACCCCUCUGCAAAACAUGACUUAGUACUUGGUGGCAAAACCCUUGUUGGCUAUCACAGAGGUCAGACGUUUCUUGUAGUUGGCCACCAGGUUUGCACACAUCUCAGGAGGGAUUUUGUCCCACUCCUCUUUGCAGAUCUUCUCCAAGUCAUUAAGGUUUCGAGGCUGACGUUUAGCAACUCGAACCUUCAGCUCCCUCCACAGAUUUUCUAUGGGAUUAAGGUCUGGAGACUGGCUAGGCCACUCCAGGACCUUAAUCUGCUUCUUCUUGAGCCACUCCUUUGUUGCCUUGGCCGUGUGUUUUGAGUAAUUGUCAUGCUGGAAUACCCAUCCACGACCCAAUUUCAAUGCCCUGGCUGAGAGGAGGUUCUCACCCAAGAUUUGACGGUACAUGGCCCCGUCCAUCGUCCCUUUGAUGCGGUGAAGUUGUCCUGUCCCCUUAGCAGCAAAACACCCCCAAAGCAUAAUGUUUCCACCUCCAUGUUUGACGGUGGGGAUGGUGUUCUUGGGGUCAUAGGCAGAAUUCCUCCUCCUCCAAACACGGUGAGUUGAGUUGAUGCCAAAGAGCUCGAUUUUGGUCUCAUCUGACCACAACACUUUCACCCAGUUCUCCUCUGAAUCAUUCAGAUGUUCAUUGGCAAACUUCAGACGGGCAUGUAUAUGUGCUUUCUUGAGCAGGGGGACCUUGCGGGUGCUGCAGGAUUUCAGUCCUUCAUGGCGUAGUGUGUUACCAAUUGUUUUCUUGGUGACUAUGGUCCCAGCUGCCUUGAGAUCAUUGACAAGAUCCUCCCGUGUAGUUCUGGGCUGAUUCUUCACCGUUCUCAUGAUCAUUGCAACUCCACGAGGUGAGAUCUUGCAUGGAGCCCCAGGCCGAGGGAGAUUGACAGUUAUUUUGUGUUUCUUACAUUUGCGAAUAAUCGCACCAACUGUUGUCACCUUCUCACCAAGCUGCUUGGCGAUGGUCUUGUAGCCCAUUCCAGCCUUGUGUAGGUCUACAAUCUUGUCCCUGACAUCCUUGGAGAGCUCUUUGGUCUUGGCCAUGGUGGAGAGUUUGUAUUCUGAUUGAUUGAUUGCUUCUGUGGACAGGUGUCUUUUAUACAGUUAACAAACUGAGAUUAGGUGCACUCCCUUUAAGAGUGUGCUCCUAAUCUCAGCUCGUUACCUGUAUAAAAGACACCUGGGAGCCAGAAAUCUUUCUGAUUGAGAGGUGGUCAAAUACUUAUUUCCCUCAUUCAAAUGCAAAUCAAUUUAUAACAUUUUUGACAUGUGUUUUUCUGGAUUAUUUUGUUGUUAUUCUGUCUCUCACUGUUCAAAUAAACCUACCUGUCAAAGCGACGUGUAGGCGAAGUCAGGAGCAGGACACUGAGCUACUGGCAGAUACUUUACUGGAUACAGUGCAAAUCCAAAGUACAAAGGUAACCUCACACAGAGAGGAACGAUACAACCCGCACACAUGGGCAACUGCCGAAAAGACCAAAACAAUUACGCACAAUACACAAUGAGAAACAGAGGGUUAUAAAGGGAACACAAUAAAACACAAUGGGAAACAGGUGUAAACAAUAAAGACCAAACAAGACAAACACCGAAACAUAGAUCGGCAGCAGCUAGUACUCCGGGGACGACGAACGCCGAAGCCUGCCCGAGCAAGGAGGAGGAGCAGCCUCGGCUGAAUCCGUGACACUACCAUUAAAAUUAUAGACUGAUCAUGUCUUUGUCAGUGGGCAAACAUACAAAAUCAGCAGGGGAUCAAAUACUUUUUUCCCUCACUGUAUACAGGAUCCAAUUUAUCCCACCAGCACCUACAGUACCUCUCCCUGAGACCACAGCAAGGCUGGCUAGAUGAUCAACAUGCCGGAGAUUGCAUCAGUUUUGUCACUAAUUAUUUCAUGCCAUCGUUUGAACUGUCUGUUGAAAUGCAAUUACCCGGGAGCCUGUGUAGUUUACAAGAUGGGGGUGGUAAAGGAGGGAUGAGGGAGAAAGGAUGGGUAAUACUGUACUGUGAUAUCUGGAGCAUUACUCUGGGAGAGAAAGAGAGCAGGGAAAAAUAGGAUAGAAAUCCCUGUUGAUUCUUUGGCUUUCGUUUGCCACAUUCUAUGGCUCCCUUUGUCAGAAUGAUACUAUGGACAUUGAUGGUGUUAAUGAUACUAAGGAAUUACUAUGAGCAAUCAGACUGUCAAAAAUGGUACGUUGAACAUUCAGAUGGUUGAUAGAGAAAUACCAGUUGCCGAUUCCAUGCCAACAUUUUUGGCAGUUUUUAUAACCCGAAUGCUUUUUAUUCGAUUGCUUUGGUGGCUUAGUGAAUGCUUAUGACAUAUAACCAACCACAGAACCACAGCAGAGGGAGAACUUUAUGAAAAAUACCUUUUGUGAAUCACCAAGUAUUUUGUGUCAUGGUCCUUCUGCAGUUUACAUUACCCAUACCUAUCAUCCUUUCCCACACUAAUUUAAAGCUGCAAUACGUACCUUUUGGGGCGACCCGACCAAAUUCACAUAGUCCUCAGAGCAUGCGCAGACCAGCUGGCUGGUGUGUUUACGGACAUAUUCAAUAUCUCACUUUCCCAGUCUGCUGUUCCCACAUGCUUCAAGAUGGCCACCAUUGUUCCUGUACCCAAGAAAGCAAAGGUAACUGAACUAAAUGACUAUCGCCCCGUAGCACUCACAUCUGUCAUUAUGAAGUGCUUUGAGAGACUAGUCAAGGAUCAUAUCACCUCUACCUUACCUGCCACCCUAGACCCACUUCAAUUUGCUUACCGCCCCAAUAGAUCCACAGACGAUGCAAUCGCCAUCACACUGCACACUGCCCUAUCCCAUCUCGACAAGAGGAAUACCUAUGUAAGAAUGCUGUUCAUUGACUAUAGCUCAGCAUUCAACACCAUAGUACCCUCCAAACUCAUCAUUAAGCUCGAGGCCCUGGGUCUGAACCCCGCCCUGUGCAACUGGGUCCUGGACUUCCUGACGGGCCGCCCCCAGGUGGUGAAGGUCUGAAACAACAUCUCCACUUCGCUGAUCCUCAACACUGGGGCCCCACAAGGGUGCGUGCUCAGCCCCUUCCUGUAUUCCCUGUUCACCCAUGACUGCGUGGCCAAGCACACCUCCAACUCAAUCAUCAAGUUUGCAGACGACACAGCAGUAGUAGGCUUGAUUACCAACAAUGACGAGACCGCCUACAGGGAGGAGGUGAGGGCUCUGGGAGUGUGGUGCCAGGAAAAUAACCUCUCACUCAACAUCAACAAAACAAAGGAGAUGAUCGUGGACUUCAGGAAACAGUAGAGGGUGCACCCCCCUACCCACAUCGACGGGACCGCAGUGGAGAAGGUGGAAAGCUUCAAGUUCCUUGGCGUACACAUCACUGACAAACUGAAAUGGUCCACCCACGCAGACAGUUUGGUGAAGAGGGCGCAACAGAGCCUCUUCAACCUCAGGAGGCUGAAGAAAUUUGGCUUGGCACCUAAAAUCCUCGCAAACUUUUACAGAUGCACAAUUGAGAGCAUCCUGUCGGGCUGUAUCACCGCCUCCAAGACACCUACAGCACCCGAUGUCACAGGAAGGCCAAAAAGAUCAUCAAGGACAUCAACCACCGAGCCACUGUCUGUUCACCCCGCUAUCAUCCAGAAGGCAAGGUCAAUACAGGUGCAUCAAAGCUGGGACGGAGAGAAUGAAAAACAGCUUCUAUCUCAAGGCCAUCACUGUUAAAUAGCCAUCACUAGCACAUUAGAGGCUGCUGCUGCCUAUUGAAAUCACUGGCCACUUUAAGAAAUGGAACACUAGUCCCUUUAAUAAUGUUUACAUAUCUUGCACUACUCAUCUCAUACGUAUAUACUGUAUUCUAUUCUAUAAUAUUGUACUGUAUCUUAGUCCAUGCCGCUCUGUCAUUGCUUGUCCAUAUAUGCAAAAACCUCUGAAGCUGGAGACACUUAUCUCCCUAACUAACUUUAAGCAUCAGUUGUCAGAGCAGCUUACCGAUCACUGCACCUGUACACAGCCCAUCUGUAAUUAGACCACCCAACUACCUCAUCCCCAUAUUGUUAUUUACAUUGUUAUUUAUUUUGCUCAUUUGCACCCCAGUAUCUCUAUUUGCACAUCAUCUUCUGCACAUCUAUCACUCCAGUGUUAAUACUAAAUUGUCAUUAUUUUGCACUAUGGCCUAUUUAUUGCCUUACCUCCAUAACGUACUACAUUUGCACACACUGUAUAUAGAUUUUCUAUUGUGUUAUUGACUGUACAUUUUGUUUUUGUUUAUUCCAUAUGUAACUCUGUGUUGUUGUUGUUUUUAAUCGCACUGCUUUGCUUUAUCUUGGCCAGGUCGCAGUUGUAAAUGAGAACUUGUUCUCAACUGGCUUACCUGGUUAAAUAAAGGUGAAAUAAAAAUAAAAAUGUAUAUAUUCUUAAAUUCCAUUCCUUAAUUAGAUUUGUGUGUAUUGGGUAUAUGUUGUGAAAUUGUUAGAUAUUACUUGUUAGAUAUCACUGCACUGUCGGAGCUAGAAGCACAAGUAUUUUGCUACACCCGCAAUAACAUCUGCUAAACACAUGUAUGUGACAAAUACCAUUUGAUUUGAUUUGAUUUUAAAAGGCACGAUUCAGCUGUAGCUUUCUCUGUGAAAUGAGUUUUCUGACCUCAACAUUUGAAGGCUGGGAGAUGUCCCUCUCUGCCUGGCAGCUAGGGCCACAGAUAAAUAAGUAAAUUAACUUUGACCUAAAGGAGAAGCCAUCCAUUCUGAUUUUCCAAACGAGUCUGUGCCUCUGAAUCAAUAUGGCCGGGGGAACCCAUUCUGUCUCUAUUUCAGACAACAGAGAGACCAUCACCGAGCCAAAACAUUUACAUUGCACUCCCAUUGCCACAGUGUUUCUCUUUCUUUUUCUCUAGUCUCUUUUUCUCUCUCUUUUUUCUUUUUCUCUCUUUCUGUAACUCAUCCUCCCUCACCUCUCUUAAUCUCCCCCCUCCCGCUCUCUCCUCUCCCACUCUCUUUCAUUAUCUGUCUCUCACACAUUUCUUUCCCCCUCUAUUCCUUUCACUCCCUCCACUAUCUCCUUCCUUCUCUCCUCUGACACCUCCCAAACAACACUCCUCUACCUCUGUCACCUCUCUCCUUCUAACAGGAUCCAGAAACAUCUGUAGGCUUUCAUGACUCAUUAGCUGCUCUAAGUGUGAUUAUUUAAUAAGCAGAUGCACUUUAAAACAACCACCCAGGCUGAGCUCACACAGGCUUUUCUUAGUUUUUCUCAGUACUGUACCUCAGGUGAAAGUUUGACUUCCUGUGUUUGUGUGUCUCUCUCUCUCUUCUUCCAACUCUCCCUCUCACUCACUCACACACACUCACUCUCUUUCACACACACACACACACACCACACACACACACACACACACACACACACACUUUCUUACACUACAUUUCUAACUUUCACACUCUUUUCAACUUAUUUUUACUCAGCAUAUAUCUUUGAUCCUCCUUCUCCCUCUCUUUCUUUACCACUCUCCCUCUUUCUCUUCUCUGUCUAUCUGUCACAUUUCUCUUCCAGAGCUCAUCUCAACUAUUGUGAGCGUGUCUCUGUUUGAUGUGUCAUUUCGCUCACGUCUGACAGGAAGACUGGAAGUCUCACCCCUUCUGCCAUAUCCUCUACAUUCUCUCCUCUCUCCUUCACUGUUUCAUUCCCACAAUCCCUUCUUUAUGGAUCCGCCUUUGUUAGGAUUAUCGCUCUCUCUCUCCGAUCUAUCCUUCCAUUCAUACCUCUCCAAAUUGAUUUCCUACUGCUCUUAGUUCCCCAACACCAUCACUUUGGACCUUAUUGUCCUUAUUUCCCAGUCAAUGGAGAAUGAGUUCAACUCAGAUGAGAACAAUAAUAUUUCACUGAUGAAUUAAUUAGAACACAUACAUUAACUUGGAUUGACAUUUAGUUGUACGUAACUGAGUAAUUGAUUGAAAUAUCUGCCAAAACCUUCACAUUGGCUUUGAGUUGAUGGGACAUUGUAUUCAUUAAAUCAUUAGAGACUAUGUGCACCUGCUCCAUGCAGACUGUUUAGCAGUUGUCAGUCAAGCUCUUAUGUGCUGCUGAGGACAGCACACGUGGUCCUUAUCUGACUGGAUCAUUAUUGUGUUUGUCUGACUGUCAGGGGGCCUCAGCAGCUAGUCCAGGCGGCCUACCCAUCUGGCUCUCUCUGUCUGUCUACGUCCCUCUGGCUCUGAUGGGCUUUGGGUGUGUGUGCACUGAGAGGGUGUGUGUUUGUGUGUGUGUUUGUUUGUGUGAGCGUGUGUGUGUGUGGUGGGGACACAGGGCUCCUCAAUGUGUCUCAGGUGCUGUGAUUGUGAUGAGAUGCAGACACCCAGGUCCCCAUAACAGUGGGCAGAUUUCCCCAAUGCCUGCCCGGUUUGGUGUGUGUGUGUGUGUUUAGUUGGGGACGCAGCGAUAGCUGCAGAGGCAGCAUAUGCUUCACAGUGUGCGGAGUGACUGAUGGUUUAAUGAGCUUUAUUUUCACAAAGUGAUUGGAUGAAAUGGCGUGUCUGCAUGCGUCUGUGUGAAGCCCGGAACGUCCAGCUAAGCUCUAUUGAAAACCCCUAACCCCCUACCCACUUACUUUCCAUUGUCCCACGCAUCCAUUUGUCACCAUUCUUGCAUCAUCUCAGACGGUAUUGUAAUUUAUGGCAUGAUUAAAACAAAAGCUGCCUUCAGCUGUGGAGACAAGGUAAAAAAAAAAGUAGUGGGAGAGUUAAGCCUCAUUAAAACACUGCUACUGGCACAAACCAACAGCACACACACACACACACACAGAUACACACCCACCCACCCACACACCACAGCACCGUGAUGGACUAGGAGAGGCGCUUCCACACACUCUCUCCAAGCGUCUCCCCACAAUCUCUCUCCUGCUUGUGUGUGUGUGCGCGUGUGUGUGUUCACUCAGGGAAUGGAUUAGAGAGCUUCCUAAACAGCAGACAGACAGCUCCUAUCGUUAGUUAAUUAACCUCCCUUUCACAGUGUAGGGAGUGCUGAGCAGGGCUGAGGGAUGGUGUACUGGAGCUAAUUGUUCAUUGCUGUACCUAAUAACUCACAGAUAUCAAAGUUAUCUGGUUUACACAGGGGAGACAUGGGUUGUGUUACUGACUGAGGAAGCUUGGGUGAUGAUAUAUUAUCCAUUCUGUAUGUGUGGCAACCAGACCUCAGUUGAAAUACUAUUUAGGGUAUUUUAAUAACUUUCAAAGUCAUUUGGAAGUAAGUAUUUUGAUAUUUUAUAUUUGAAAACAAAAGUAGUUGAACAUUGGACUGUAUUUGGAAAUACACUUGGAAAGUAUUGGCAUGUAUUUGAAAAUACUCAAAUACACAGUAUUUAUAAAAAUACUUACAUACUCCCAUGCAUUUGAACCAGGUCUGUUUGGUAUUAGAAUUUUUUUAUGUGGAAAUACGUUUUAGAAAAUACUUUCAAAUAGUGUGCUAUUUAUAGUAAAAUACUCAAAUACACAGAAAAUAAGUAUUUAAAUAAAAAAAACAGGUCUGGUGGGUUGGUGUCAUCAAUUGACUGUGACUCUCUUAUUACUGAUUUGAGUGUGUGUGUGUGAUGGGGGUGUGUGUCUUAGGGUGGGUGUGGUGGGGGGUGUCUUAGGGUGGGGGUUACACCAUAAUCAAAAUCUUAAAAGUCCCCCCAAUCUUCAUUUGGGAAAUUGGGAACACAGUAUAAUCCUCUGAUGUUUAUAUGUAUGAGUUUUUCUCAGCAGCUUAUUAGAGUGCAUGUUACUGGAGCGUGAUUCAGUGGCCUGUAGCCCGUAGUAACUUUGAUUAACUGAGUCUUAACAGCCUGCAGUCAGAAGCCACUGGAAUUAUCCCGUCUGCCUGCCUGCGCCCCUAUCAGAGAGAGAGAGAGAGAGAGAGAGAGAGAGGAGAGAGAGGAGAGAGAGAGAGAAUAGAUAGCUCGAAGAGAGAGACGAGGAUUCUCUGCCUCUAUCUGUAUACUCGCAGAUCUCCGUUCUGCUCAUCGUCUAGCAUUCUCUCGUCCUCUCUCUCGCCUCCUCUCUACUCUCCUCUCGAUCUAAAGUCUCUCGCCAUCCCUCCUUCUCUCCGAGUGUACUGAUGGGCUAAGGAGUGCGUCAUACUGGCUAAGCCUGUGAGCUGCGUAGGUGCUCCUCACCUCCUUUAACUAUGCCCUGGUCUCUGCCGGUGGUUGCGGUGCGCUGCAUCUAGCCGUGUGUUGUGGUGGGGGAUAUUUCCCUAAAUAAGGUCCAGGGUCCUGGGCCCACUGUUAAACCCAUGGGUAACACACUGGGGGUGACACUGUCUGUGAUAGCUCCCUGCAGGUGUGCACACCUCAGGGAGUUUGGGGAGGGUUUAGGCUCAGUCACUGUCAGAGGGAUGGGGUUUUAUCCCUGCUCUUUGGAGGAAUGGGGUUUCCGUGACUGCCAUUGCUGCAAAGGAUGGGGGUUGGAGAGGGAGGAUGUGUGUGUGUGUAUUAUUGCUUGCUUGUGUGUGUAUGGUCGCUGCGCCAGCCAUGCCAUUGCUACAGAGGCUCCUUGGGCUCAGCAUGCCAUAGCUAACCACUGCUCCUCCUCCUCCUCCUCGUCCUCCUCCUCCAAGAUUGGCAAGUAUUGAGCUAACACCAAGGUUACAGUGAUGGGUUGGUUAGGUAAGGCAACAGCAGACAGAACAGGACACACAUUUAUUUAAAUCUUACAUUUUAGUAAUUUAGCAGAUGCUCUUAUCCGGAGCGACUUACAGGAGCAAUUAGGGUUAAGUGCCUUGCUCAAGGGCACAUCGACAGAUUUUUCACCUAGUCGGCUUAGGAUUUGUACCAGCGACCUUUCGGUUACUAGCCCAAUGCUCUUAACCGCUAGGCUUUCCCUAAAGAAGCCCUUGCAGUCACAGCCUGCUUGUGUCCGACGCUGCGCUGAAAAAUGUUCAAUGGACUUUCCUUUCAGCCCAAAUUUACAUUCCUCUUGUAGACAGCAGGCAAGGAGACCUUGAUGUGCUCAAGAACAAGUUAAACAUUUGCCUCAGUGUAAAGUGGCUUUACGGCCACUGAGCAUUGAUCACUCUCUCCCCUCUUUCUCUCUCCCCCUCUCUCUCUUUUUCUCUCCUCUCUCUCUCUCUGUCUUUCCCUCGUUUAAAAUCAGGACCACAUCACACCUGUCGGAUGCCAUAUUGGAGCAAUAUGUUAUUUUCUUCUUAAAGAGGAGAGAUAUUCCACCUCCAGCCAAGCCCUGACUGCCAGCCAGGCUCAUUUCAUUGGUAGGAUGCUCAUCUGAAUAGGAGAGAGGGGCAGAGGGAGACACUGUUUCUUUGAGGUGGAAGUAAUAUGCUUUCACACAGUCCUGGGCAGGCUCGGCUCUGCAUGGAGAAAUCCUCUCCACUACUUUCCCUCCCGUCUCUUUCACGGCCCAGCGCUUGGCCACGAUGCGAGAAUACAUCCAACCUUUUGUGUUGUCGGUAGCAUCAUCAGGAGAGUGGAAAAAGAUACAAUAAAUACACACUCGUAUGAGGGGGAAAUAGACAAACUCUGCAUUCCCCGCUGCCCUGGUCACAUCCAGGCACAUUAGAUGCAAUCAGGGGAGAGAGGGAGGGAGGGGGGGAGAGGGAGAGAGGGGGAGAGAGGGAGGGAGGGGGGGAGAGAGGGGGAGGGAGGAGUGUGUGUGUGAGAGAGAGAGAGAAAGAGAUGGCCGUGAGGAGCACUCCAGUGUAAUUGCCAGGGCCUUUCAGCAGUUUAGUGUUAAUGUGGCACACAGCCUCCUCCUCCCUCCAUCCCUCCAUCCCUCCAUCCCUCCAUCCCUCCAUCCCUUCGUCCCAUGAAUGGCCCAUCUCCUGCUUAAUCGCAUCUUUUCAUGUCAGCAUAAAAAAACCCUAACUCAUAGGCAACAAGGGCACACUACUGCAUGUACACUGAGAAACACUCAUGCAAACACUCACAGGGACAAAAAGGCUCACACACAAAACAUGCGCACACACACCCAUACAUAAAACACACUCACACACAAAGAACACACGCAUGCACAUGCAUUCACACACACACGCCCACAUUCACAUUUCCAUACAGAAGGUUGGCAUUGACUUCAUUAUCAUUCAGCGCUGUUGAAAUGCAAAUAAUCCUCCUUUUAUAACCUGAGCCUUCAGCCUCGAUCAUGAUGGGAUGGAAAUGACUGUGUGUGCGUGCGCUUUAAUUUAUGCAUGUGUGUUUUUGUAUACCCGUGUGUGUGUGAGAGAGCAUAUGGUAGGCUGCGAUGAUGAUGCAGAGCCAGACUGGUGGAGAGGGACCCACAGGCCAGCUAUGGGCUCUCCUAUAGUUCACAUACAGUCCAGGCGACACGUUGGGGAAAUGGAUGGCUGCUUAAGAUUCCAGUUGCACUCAUCCGCUCCGGCUUGCCAUUGGCGUGGAUGCUAGCUAGCUAGAGUCAGAGUGCUCAACCAAAUGGCAUGCCAAUGGGCCAUCUGAAUGUACUGCACCACAGACAGACAUUGUGUUUGUUGUGGCCCAGAAAACGCAUGCUCUCCUUUCUUCCCAUUGGAGAGCUGUUGUGUUCUCUCCUCAUUCAGGUUUUAUUAGUUAGCUUUUAGCGCUGCGGUCUCAGCGUUGUUUUCAUCUGGAUGCUUUUAUCAUUAUGCAUCAGAACAAAAACUCACGAAGGGAAAACACAACCAACUGAGAGGGAGAAGCAGCUCAUAAAAGGCCAACUUUAUCCUGCAAAUGUAGUAUAAUAAAGAUAACAUUUACUAUACAAUAUGAAAGUUCAGCAAUAUGGUUCCUGCAAAUGUAUUUUGUCACCUAAUUUCUAAUUUGUCACCUACAUAGCUGUUGAUGGGUCUGAGUCCCAAAUGGAAAUGGCAUUGUGUGUGUGUGUCUGUGCGUGCGUGCAUGUGUUGGUGUGUGUGUGAGUGGGUGCCUGCGUCCGUGCAUCCAUGUGUGUGUUUGUGUGUGUGUGUCUGUGUAUGUGUGUGUUGUGACUGACUGACUGACUGACUGACUGCGGCAGGGACAAUGACAGUGUGAGCUGAUGGAGUGAUAGGGGGAGUGAGUGAUUAAUGAGCCUGGUUCAUAAUGCACGAUGGCAUGGAAGAAAGGAGGGAGGGAGCACACAGAGAGGGAGACUCCAUGGAGGGAUAGCAAGGAGGUAGGAAGGGAAUAAAUAGGGUAGACAGAAAGAAUGAUAGAGAACUUGUGGGAAACAGGAAGAAAGUUGACAGAAAGGGAUAGAAAGAGGCUCCGUAGAGGGACAGCAUGAGCUCCUGCCUGGUGGUAAUAGCAUAUGGAAGCCUCCUUCUCUCCCUCCUUUCCUCCGCCAUCUGGGUGGGGCAACAUGGAGGGAACAGUCAGGCUGAGCAGAGCUUCCAACCAGCUGGGAUGAAGCAGUGGAGACUGUGUGGAGAUCUAGUGAGGCUCCCAGUGACUUCUCUGAGUCUUCCCAGUAUAGGACACUGUUUCAGUGCGUGGUACAGGACAAUACAUACCUGUUCUGGUCUCAUAUAUCUCUGUUAGUAGCAACGCUAACACUGUAAUUACUGUAUGUCUAAUCUGAAAUGGGUUCUGAUUGUGAAAGGCACUGAGAGUAGGUAGGUAGCCUAGCGAAAGGUAGCGGCAGCAGCAGGUAGCCUAGCAGUUAAGAGUGUUGGGCCAGUAACCGAAAGGUCGCUGGUUCGAAUCCCUGAGCUGACCAGGUGAAAAAUCUGUCGAUGUGCCCUAGAGCAAGGCACUUAACCCUAAUUGCUCCUGUAAGUUGCUCUGUAUAAGAGCAUCUGCUAAAUGACUAAAAUGUACAGAUGUAAACGUAUGGCACUGUAUGUAUACUUUCUGCUUAUGUGUGGCUGUGUGUACAGGUUUCUGUAUGGGUGUGCGCGCGUGUGUGUUGUGACUGGCCUAGAAAUGUAUGCAGAUGUGUAUACAGCAGCAGGUUCAUGUUGGCGUUGCAGUGAUGUCCAGUCCUGUGAGCCAGCGGAGCAGAGAGAGUUGGUAUUUGAAAGGACACUCACAGCUUGGCGGCUGUCCCCUGCUCACAGAGGCAAGGAGGGCUGGCCCUGGGCAUAAGCAACAUAAAAAAAUUAGAAACUAAUUCGGGGUCUCAAGUUACUGUUGAGAGUUUGAAUAGUAGAAUACACAAGAUGCAAUUUCUAAAUUUGGUUGUGUAUCAGCAGUAUUUCUCUUGUUAUGUCAGUCACUGACAGUCACUCAAUAAGCCAUGUCAUUAUAAAAAUAAAAAUAAAAGGUAAACUAGUCUAGCCAGCUAUCUAAACUUGUAGUAAUCAUAGCCGAAUACCGAACGGGCAUUCAGGACACGUGCCCAGGGGCCCUGACCUCCAGGGGCCCCCAUUUAUUUUGUUAGUCACUCUCACUCAGAUAUCAUAUUAACAUGGCAUAAGUCAUGUCAAAAUGUGUAGAAUUGCAGGAGAUUAACUUUAUUUUUAUUUUUAUUAUCAGGCGCCAUGAAGAGGGGGGCCACUGAAAUGAUUUUACCAUGAGGUGGGGGACCCCCCCAACCAAAUCUGGCUUAGGGCCCCCAAAAUGCUUUCUUUGUAUUGAUGAUGUGGCAAGGUCAGAGCCGACAUAGCGUUGUGACUUAGCCCUAGAGAACACACAUGAAUAGAAGGCUUUCUUUGUAUUGAUGAUGUGGAGAGAGGGCUACGGAGCUCUGAGGAGCCUGUAUUGAUCUGGGAUUGAACUGAAGUGGGUCUGUGUGUCAUGUGGAGCCUUUGGAGAUACAAAUAGUCUAGAAAAGGGAAUAUUAUAUUUUUGAUGCUUCGUUAGCAAGGAAAUCACUUGGCAUUCUUCCCGCACCCCUAGCAUGGUACUAAGGAGCCUUUGGUGUCUUAUUUUUUUCUAACCAGGAAAUACUCUAGGCCCUGGUCAGGUCACGUGAUCGGGAAAAACUCCUGCCCCUAGCAUAAUAUCACAUCAUCAUUUGGGCAGCGUUCAAGCAUUGAUCUGUUGUUGCUGUAAUAUUUACGAGGGAUAACACAUACCUAAAUGGUCCCAUCUAUAUUCCUUCUCAUAGAGAAUAGCCUGGCUGGGCUGUCUGUGUUUGUCCUUGAUUGCCUUUGAAACAGUCUGAGCGAAUAGCGUGGCUGUAAUGGACACCAGCUAUCUGUAUCCCAUCUCUGGUACCCUUUGCCUCGGAUUUCGCACCUUGGCCGCCGCGCCGGGCUGGACGCCGGAUCUCCAUAGCUGCCACAUCCAUUAUUUAUACACAGGGUUUUUCUGUCCUCCCUCCAGGGACUGGCAUCUCAGUAGAAUUUAGUUCACAAUCAACACACACUAGAUCCUACUAUCUGGACUGGACUGGGCUGGUGUUAACACUUUGUCAUAGCAACAGACGGGUCAGUUUAGUUGAGCCAGGCAAAGACAUACUGUACCUGGAUGCAAAGCUGGCCCUUUGUUGUCUAUCCUGAGUGGCCCUGGUUCGAAUCCAGGCUCUGUCGCAGCCGGCCGCGACCGGGAGACUCAUGGGCGGCGCACAAUUGGCCCAGCGUCGUCCAGGGUAGGGGAGGGAAUGGCCGGCAGGGAUGUAGCUCAGUUGAUAGAGCCUGGCGUUUGCAACGGCAGGGUUGUGGGUUCGAUUCCCACGGGGGGCCAGUAUAAAAAAAAUAUGUAUUCACUAACUGUAAGUCGCUCUGGAUAAGAGCGUCUGCUAAAAUGUAAAAUGUUAUCUCUUUAUGCUGUAUAAUGUGGAGAAAUUAUGUAAUUGUGGUUGCUUGUGCUCUAACAAUGUUGCCCCUGGGGGGAUUAAUAAAGUUGAAUUGAAUUGAAUUGAAGGCAUAUUUUACACUGGGUUUUCUCUAUUUGCUUUCAUGAUUCUUCUAUCAAAAUUGAGAUUAGGACGUCACUUUUCUUCAUUAAGAAAUGUGACCGGUUACAGGAUCUGAGGCGUUUGAUGCUGGUUCCUACUUCACGGUAGGGCCAUUUGCGUGAGGCUGUUUUUCACCUUCCCAACGACACAGAAAAGGUGCAUUUUCCAAUAAAUGUAUAUAAACACUAGGCUCUCUCUCACAUACCAGCUGCCUCCACCCUCACUAGAUCUAAGAAUUCCUGCAACUUUGAUUUUGUGUGUGUGAAAAUGUCAAACAUGCCAUGUGUAACAAUUGCCAUGGAAACAUAGGCUUCAAUCAUGUUGUAUUUGCUUGCUGUGUUGUGCUGCUCAGCUGUUUUGAUGUAGAACACUGCAAACAUAUUUUAUUUUGGUAUAGGAAUCAGAGGAAGCUGAUGGGUUGCCAAAUAAUAAAACAUCAUUCAAUGCAAAUAUCUUAUCCACCUGAUUGUCAAUCAGACUGUAUUGUAGACCUACGGACUGGGCUGUUCUAGGCAGAAAUCAGUCUUUGAUUAUAGGGAGAUUGUAAAGUCGGCUACAUUAUCAGUGCCCUGCCCUGAUGUAGGGCCAGCAGGUGAUUUCAAACCACAGAAAUUAUUCCUGUCUGAUUUGUCACUAGAAGGGCCUGUCUGGGAUGGGAUUCUAAUGGCUAUGCCUCCUGUCCACCUCUCACCUGUCUCCUCCUGUCUCCUCUCUAGCUGGAACGUUAAUGGAAGGAGAUAGAGAGUGUACAUGCAAACAUAUCGGCAACUUGAGUGAUUAUAAUUCUGUCGAUGUCUCUCUCUCUCUCUCUCUCUCUCUCUCUCUCUCUCUCUCUCUCUCUCUCUCUCUCUCUCUCUCUCAAUUCAGUUUCAAUUUAAGGGAUUUAUUGGCAUGAGAAACGUAUGUUAACAUUACCAAAGCAAGUGAAGUAGAUAGUAAACAAAAGUGAAAUAAAUAUUAACAGUAAACAUUACACUCAGAAGUUCCAAAAGAAAAAGACAUUUAAAAUGUCAUAUUAUGUAUAUAUACAGUGUUGUAACAAUGUGCAAAUUGUUAAAGUACAAAUGGGAAAAUAAAUAGACAUAAAUAUGGGUUGUAUUUACAAUGGUGUUUGUUCUUCACUGGUUGCCCUUUUCUUGUGGCAACAGAUCACAAAUAUUUCUGCUGUGAUGGCACACUGUGGUUUUUCACCCAGUAGAAAAGGGAGUUUAUCAAAAUUGGGUUUGUUUUCGAAUUCUUUGUGGCUCUCUGUAAUCUGAGGGAAAUAUGCGUCUCUAAUAUGGUCAUACAUUUGGCAGGAGGUUAGGAAGUGCAGCUCAGUUUCCACCUCAUUUUGUGGGCAGUGUGCACAUAGCCUGUCUUCUCUUGAGAGCCAGACCUCACAACCAUAUAGGGCAAUGGGUUCUAUAACUGAUUCAAGAAUUUUUAGCCAGAUCCUAAUUGGUAUGUCAAAUGUUAUGUUCCUUUUGAUGGCAUAGAAGGCCCUUCUUGCCUUGUCUCUCAGGUCAUUCACAGCUUUGUGGAAGUUACCUGUGGCACUGAUGUUUAGGCCGAGGUAUGUAUAGUUUUUUGUAUGUUCUAGGGCAAUGGUGUCUAGAUGGAAUUUGUAUUUGUGGUCUUGGCAACUGGACCUUUUUUGGAACACCAUUAUUUUUGUCUUACUGAGAUUUACUGUCAGGGCCCAGGUCUGACAGAAUCUGUGCAGAAGAUCUAAGUGCUGCUGUAGGCCCUCCUUGGUUGGUGACAGAAGCACCAGAUCAUCAGCAAACAGUAGACAUUUGACUUCAGAUUCUAGUAGGGUGAGGCUGGGUGCUACAGACUGUUCUAGUGCCCUCGCCAAUUCGUUGAUAUAUAUGUUGAAGAGGGUGAGGCUUAAACUGCAUCCCUGUCUCACCCCAUGGCUCUGUGGAAAGAAAUGUGUGUGUUUUUUGCCAAUUUUAACUGCACACUUGUUGUUUGUGUACAUGGAUUUUAUAAUGUCGUAUGUUUUUCCCCCAACCCCACUUUCCAUCAAUUUGUAUAGAAGACCCUCAUGCCAAAUUGAGUCAAAAGCAUUUUUGAAAUCAACAAAGCAUGAGAAGAUUUAGCCUUUGUUUUGGUUUGUUUGUUUGUCAAUUAGGGUGUGCAGGGUGAAUAUGUGGUCUGUCAUACAGUAAUUAGGUAAAAAGCCAAUUUGACAUUUUCUCAGUACAUUGUUUUCACUGAGGAAAUGAACUAGUAUGCUGUUAAUGAUAAUGCAGAGGAUUUUCCCAAGGUUGCUGUUGACGCAUAUCCCACGGUACUUAUUGGGGUCAAAUUUGUCUCCACUUUUGUGGAUUGGGGUGAUCAGUCCUUGGUUCCAAAUAUUGGGGAAGAUGCCAGAGCUAAGGAUGAUGUUAAAGAGUUUAAGUAUAGCUAAUUGGAAUUUGUGGUCUGUAUAUUUUAUCAUAUCAUUGAGGAUACCAUCAACACCACAGGCCUUUUUGGGUUGGAGGGUUUGUAUUUUGUCCUGUAGUUCAUUCAAUGUAAUUGGAGAAUCCAGUGGGUUCUGGUAGUCUUUAAGUUGAUUCUAAGAUUUGCAUUUGAUCAUGUAUAUUGUUUUGCUGUUUGUUCUUUGUUAUAGGGCCAAAAGAUUGGAGAAGUGGUUUACCCAUACAUCUCCGUUUUGGAUAGAUAGCUCUUCGUGUUGUUGUUUGUUAAUUGUUUUCCAAUUUCCCUAGUAGUUAGAGUCUAUGGAUUCUUCAAUUACAUUGAGCUGAUUUCUGACAUGCUGUUCCUUCUUUUUCCGUAGUGUAUUUCUGUAUUGUUUUAGUGAUUCACCAUAGUGAAGGCGUAGGCUCAGGUUUUCUGGGUCUCUAAGUUUUUGGUUGGAUAGGUUUCUCAAUUUCUUUCUUAGGUUUUUGCAUUCUUCAACAAACCAUUUGUCACUGUUGUUACUUUUCUUCGGUUUUCUGUUAGAGAUUUUUAGAUUUGAUAGGGAAGCUGAGAGGUCAAAUAAACUGUUUAGGUUUUCUACUGCCAAGUUUACACCUUCACUAUUACAGUGGAACGUUUUGUCCAGGAAGUUGUCUAAAAGGGAUUGAAUUUGUUGUUGCCUAAUUGUUUUUUGGUAAGUUUCGACACUACUUUCCUUCCAUCUAUAGCAUUUCUUAAUAUUAUUCAGUUCCUUUGGCUUUGAUGCCUCAUGAUUGAGUAUUGCUCUGUUCAAGUAGUCUGUGAUUUUGCUGUGGUCUGAUAGGAGUGUCAGUGGGCUGACUGUGAACGCUCUGAGAGACUCUGGGUUGAGGUCAGUGAUAAAGUAGUCUACAGUACUUCUGCCAAGAGAUGAGCUAUAGGUGUACCUACCAUAGGAGUCCCCUCGAAGCCUACCAUUGACUAUGUACAUACCCAGUGUGCGACAGAGAUGCAGGAGUUGUGACCCGUUUUUGUUGGUUAUGUUGUCGUAGUUGUGCCUAGGGGGGCAAAUGGGGGAGGGAAUGCUGUCACCUCCAGGUAGGUGUUUGUCCCCCUGUGUGCUGAGGGUGUCAGGUUCUUGUCCAGUUCUGGCAUUUAGGUCGCCACAGACUAGUACAUGUCUCUGGGUCUGGAAAAUAUUCAUUUCCCCCUCCAGGAUGGAGAAGCUGUCUUCAUUAAAGUAUGGGGAUUCUAGUGGGGGAAUAUAGGUAGCACACAGGAGGACAUUUUUCUCUGUUGAGAUAAUUUCCUUUUGAAUUUCUAGCCAAAUGUAAAAUGUUCCUGUUUUGAUUAAUUUCAUAGAGUGAGUUAGGUCUGCUCUAUACCAAAUUAGCAGUCUCGCUCUCUCUCUCUCUCUCUCUCUCUCAGGUUCCAGGAUGCUGGGUGCGGUGGUCCCUGCCUGUGGACUGCAGGCUCUGCUGACGGCACUCCUGCUCUCUCUGGGCUGUGGUAAGUUCUCCUCUCCUCGGCAAUACACCGGUACCUCCCAUCACUGGUUUACAUGGCCAUGUGUGUGUUUUAGCACCUUUGGUCCCGUAGAUACAACAUUAGCAACACACUACAUAUCUCCUACUCUUCUGAGGGUGUUUCUGAGGAGGUCUUAUGAUAGCUCCAGGCUCUUAGCGGAGUCUUGGCUAGCCCUAGGUGCUCUAUCCAGUGUUAGUAUUCAGUCAAUACUCUAUGCUAUCUGGCUCAUUGGUCCCUGGACUCCUACACUCUUAGAAAAAAAGGUGCUAAGUAGAACCAUACAGGGUUCUUCGGUUUGUCCCAAUGGGGGAACCCUUUUUGGUGCUGGGUAGAACCCUUUGCAGUUUAUGGAGAAAUGGCUUAUCUAGAACCCUCUAUGUAGGGUUCUUUAAAGAACCCCCUGUAUAUGGUUCUACCUAGAACCCUUUUAUAUAUGAACGGUUCCACCAGCCUUAUUAGUCUUUAAAAUGUAAAUACUUAUAACAAUACAUUACAAAUAUCAUAAGGCCUUUCUUUGAGGGCUUAGUUCUACCCUAACACAGUGGUGUUAGGAAUCUCCUGGUUUAUAGGCCACUUAAGGCCUGCAAGUCGCAUUAUGCUGGCUUGCAAAGUGAUGUCAAAUCAAAUUGAUUGGAAUUCCUAUUGGAAUCCAGCCAGAGUUAGGAUAUCCAACAAGUGGAAUUGUUAAUCACCCGCAACCUGCAUUCAGAAUGACUGCCAGGGUAGGGUAGAUUGAAUACUGAGACUACCUCAAUCACCUAAACUGGAACAACCAUCUAAGUAAUGGGUGCAAUAAAUCCAAUUACUAACAGAUUGGAUUAGUUUAGAAAACUGUAUGCAGUGAUGUAAAGUACUUAAGUAAAAAUACUUUAAACUACUACUUAAGUCGUUUUUUUGGGUAUUUGUACUUUACUUUACUAUUUAUAUUUUUGGCAACUUUUACUUUUACUUAACUACUUUCCUAAAGAAAAUAAUGUACAUUUUCCUCCAUACAUUUUCCCUGCCACCCAAAAGUACUCGUUACAUUUUGACAGGAAAAUGGUCAAAUUCACACACUUAUCAAGAGAACAUCCCUGGUCAUCCCUACUGCCUGAUCUGGCGGACUCACUAAACACAAAUGCUUCGUUUGUAAAUUAUGUCUGAGUGUUGGAGUGUGCCACUGGCUAUCAGUCAAUAAAAAAUAAAAAUACAAUUAUGCCGUCUGGUUUGCUUAAUAUAAGGAAUUUGAAAUGAUUUAUACUUUUACUUUUACUUUUGAAACUUAAGUACAUUUGAGCAAUUCCAUUUACUUUUGAUACUUAAGUAUAUUUAAAACCAAAUACUUUGACUUUUACUCAAGUAGUAUUUUACAGGGUGACUUUUACUUGAGUCAUUUUCUAUUAAGGUAUCUUUACUUUUUUACUCAAAUAUGAAAAUGGUGUACUUUUCCCACCACUGACUGCAUGUUAUUUCUCUUUGUGUCGCAUUAAAUGUAUCAACCAAUCAAUGUACAUGCAAAAACAGAUAUUAGAGUAAAAAAAUCAAUUCAGAAAAUCUCCCUGCAGUAGAGCAUGUUGGGAAAUAUUAUAUAUGGUUCUAUGUAGAACCCUUCUUGCCGUCUAAAUAAUCCAUCUUGCCUUCCAAAGAAUCAUCAAAGAACCCUUUCUUCCAAAAACAGUUCUUAGGAUGUUGAAGGUUCUAGGUAGAACCCUUUGCCUUACAAAGAACCCUUGUCUACCAAAAAGGGUUCUUCUGAUCAAAAUGCUUCUUGGUAGCACUGCCCUUUGGAGGGUUGCAGUUCAUAGAGGAUUGUCACGCCCUGGCUCUGGGGACUCUUAAAUGUUGAGCCAGGGUGUGGAUUUUUCUAUGUUUAGUUUUCUAUGUUUUUUGUUUUAGAUCGUUUAGCCAGGGUGGUUCUCAAUGUUGGCCAGGGUGGUUCUCAAUCAGAGGCAGCUGUAGCUCGUUGUCUCUGAUUGGGGACCAUACUUAGGCAGCCUGUUGGCACCAGUUAGUUUGUGGGAUCUUGAUCCGUAAAGGUUUGGUGUGUGUAACCUCAGGACUUCACGUAUCGUUUCGUUUUGUUCGUGUGUUGUGUAUCAAUAAAGAUGUACGCUUAUCACGCUGUGCCUUGGUUCCACGAGUCAUCAGUCAACGUGCAUGACAGAAGAUCCCACCAAAAAAGGACCAAGCAGCGUGUCCAGGAACAGACAGCCUGGACUUGGGAGGAGAUCCUGGACGGGAAGGGAUCCUGGACUUGGGAAGAGUUUCAGGCUGGAAUGGAUCGCCGUCCUUGGGAGGAGACUGUGGAGGCGCGCUACAGAGAGGAGCAGCGGCAUCGCAGAGGGUACCGGCCGAGGAGGAAGCCCGAGAGACAGCCCCAAUAUUUUUUUGGGGGGGGGGCUAAAAGGGUGGUUGGCGGAGAGUUAGAGCAGAGCCAACUCCCCGUACUCAGGCUAGGAAGCGUGAGACUGGGCAGGCUCCGUGUUAUGCGGAGCCACGUACUGUGCCGCGAGUGUUCCGGCACAGUCCUGUACGUCCGGUGCUAGCACCACGCACGUGUCGUGCUAAAAUGGGCAUGCAGCCAGGACGGGGUGUGCCGGCUCAACGCUCAUGGCCUCCAGUACGCCUCCUCGGUCCCGUAUAUCCUGCGCCAGUGCCACGUGCUGUAGCGCCAGUACGAGUGCACAGCCCUGUACGUCCUGUGCUGAUGCCUCACACAUAUUGUGUGGAAAUAGGCAUUCAGCCAGGACGGGUUGUGUCAGCUCUCCGCUCCAGACCUCCAGUCCGCCUCCACAGUCCGGCCCGGCCCGUUCCGGCUCCCCGCACCAAGCCAGUGGUGCGUGUUCCCAGCCCGGUCCGGCCUGUUCCUGUCCCUCGCACCAAGCCAGUGGUGCGCGUCGUCAGCCCGGUCCGGCCCGUUCCUGCUCCCCGCACCAAGUCAGUGGUGAGCGUCGUCAGCCCGGACCGGCCUGUUCCUGUCCCUCGCACCAAGCCAGUGGUGCGCGUCGCCAGCCCGGUCCGGCCUGUUCCUGUCCCUCGCACCAAGCCAGUGGUGCGUGUGUCCAGUCCAGCACGGCCCGUGCCUGUUCCACCAGUGCCUGGUCCGGCACCGGUCAGCUGCUCCACUCCGGAGUCAGAGCAAUCCGCUCCACCGGGGUCCGGUCCAACUCCAGUCAGCGGAUCCACUCUGUCACGCCCUGGCUCUGGGGACUCUUAAAUGUUGAGCCAGGGUGUGGAUUUUUCUUUGUUUAGUUUUCUAUGUUUUUUGUUCUAGAUUGUUUAGAUCUAUGUUGGCCAGGGUGGUUCCCAAUCAGAGGCAGCUGUAGCGCGUUGUCUCUGAUUGGGGACCAUACUUAGGCAGCCUGUUGGCACCAGUUAGUUUGUGGGAUCUUGAUCCGUAAAGGUUUGGUGUGUGUAACCUCAGGACUUCACGUAUCGUUUCGUUUUGUUGUUUUGUUCGUGUGUUGUGUAUCAAUAAAGAUGUACGCUUAUCACGCUGCGCCUUGGUUCCACGAGUCAUCAGUCAACGUGCGUGACAAGGAUGGCUUAGACACACACACACACAAUUCCGUCAUCCCUAUAGGGCUGGGAAUGUUGGCAGGCCUUCACAGCUUAGGGACGAGGGGGUUGAUUCCAGUCAUUUUAUCUCACUAUAAAUACUGGAGCUGGACUUUAGUAGAGGCAAAUUAUGAGGCAUUUAGGGCAGGGGUCCAAAUCUCCCAGCUCCAUUUAUCCUGCAGUUCUCAGCUCUUGAGUCCCAGUCUCUGGAAAAACAGGAACAUUCGCUAAUCUCCCAUGCAGAGCUUUAUUUUGAGUUUUUUUUUGCAGCAUUACUUGUUAAAUAUUCAUAUGACUUGUUAAUAUCCACUUUGAUGCUUAAAAAAACAAACUCAGCUGCAUUUUGACAACUUAAUACCAUGCUAAUACCGCUCAAAUAUAUGGGUGUAUUCAUUAGUGCACACUGUAGCAAAAUGGUUUGCAACAGAAAAUGUUUCUUGGCAACAAAAAUGAGCGUCUCUUAUUGUACGAGUUCAGAUUGGUCCCUCCCCAUUUCUGCCAUUUGCUUCCAUUUGGUUCCUAGUGAAAAUACCCCUGGUGAGAAACUGAAGAUAUAGACACAGUCCUGUGUCUCAAUAUUGUAUCCACAUACCGUAAAAUAAGCCCUGUAGUAUGUCAUAGGCAGAUAUCUAAUGUAUCCUGUCUCAGUAUUGAAUCCACAUACUGUACAAUGAGCCCUAUAUAGUAUGUCAUAGGCAGACAUCUAAUGUGUCCUGAUCUAUGAUUUGCCUCAGUGAAUUCCAGCCUGAUCUCAGAGCAAAACGUAAUAUAUAUAUAUAUAUAUAUAUAUAUAUAUAUAUAUGAAAAACCCUGGAAUGAGUAGGUGUCACGAACGUUGAGAGACGGGUCAGACCAAGGUGCAGCGUGGUAUGCGAACAUGUUUAUUAAACUGGAUAAACACUGACAAAAACAACAAAAGGCAAUGAACCGUGACGUCGGAAGGCUAUGCACAAACAAGCCAAACACACCGAAACACAAACAAGAUCCCACAAUCCAGGCAGGAAAACUGGCUGCCUAAGUAUGAUCCCCAAUCAGAGACAACGAGCGACAGCUCCCUCUGAUUGGGAAUCAUACCCGGCCAAACAGAAGUAUAACCACUAGACUCUAACCAUAGAUAUACAACAUAGAACUAAACAUGCACACCCUGACCAAACUAACUAGAGUUGAGGGCGUGAGCUGGAUCAGGCACCGGUGGAGUGGACUGCUCUGGCUCCGGAGUGGAGCAACCGACCGGAGCUGGAUCAGGCACCGGAGGAGCGGACUGCUCUGGCUCCGGAGUGGAGCCGCUGACCAGAGCUGGACUGGACACCGGUGGAGCGGACUGCUCUGGCUCCGGAGUGGAGCAGCUGACCAGAGCUGGAUCAGGCACCAGUGGAGCGGAUUACUCUGGGGCCGGAGUGGAGCCGUUGACCGGAGCUGGACUGGACCCCGGUGGAGUGGAGACACGCACCACAGGUCUGAUGCGAGGAGCAAGAACGGGCCGAGCCGGACUGGGGGAACGCACCACAGGUCUGGUGCGAGGAGCAGGAAUGGGCCGAGCCGGACUGGGGACACGCACCACAGGUCUGGUGCGAGGAGCAGGAACGGGCCGAGCCGGACUGGGGACACGCACCACAGGUCUGGUGCGAGGAGCAGGAACGGAUCUUACCGGACUGGAAGCAUGCACCACUGGCUUGGUGCGAGAAGCAGGCACGAGGCGUACCGGACUGGGAACCGGUGCUGGAGGUCUACGACUGUACCAGUCCUUUACUCUCCGCACCCAAUCCUCCUCCAGUGAGGACUCCUCCGGGAGCCCCCACGAGUUAGGGAACAGAAACUUAUCGUCGUCGUCAUCCUCCGACUCCUCAGUAUAAAACUGUUCCCAUUCCUGUUCCCAUGGUCAUAGGGACUCAAACUGGAAACCCACCGGGUGCAGUGGUCGGGGCUCUUCUCUCUCGAUCCCCGACCACCCCUUUAGCCCCCCACCAAAUUGUUAUUGGGGCUGCCUCUCAUGCUUCCUCAUCGGCCGGCGCCGUCGGUGUCGCCGUUGCUCCUCUCUAACCCGGGCUUCCUCUGUCUGUUCCCAAGGACGGCGAUCCAUCCCAGCCUGGAUCUCCUCCCAUGUCCAAGAUCCCUUACCAUCCAGGAUCUCCUCCCAUGUCCAGGAUGUCUGCUCCUGGCCACGCUGCUUGGUCCUCGUUUGGUGGGAUCUUCUUUCACGAACGUUGAGAGACAGAUCAGACCAAGGUGCAGCGUGGUAUGCGAACAUGUUUAUUAAACUGGAUAAACACUGACAAAACAACAAAGGCAAUGAACCGUGACGUCGGAAGGCUAUGCACAAACAAGCCAAACACACCGAAACACAAACAAGAUCCCACAACCCAGGCAACUGGCUGCCUAAGUAUGACCCCCAAUCAGAGACAACGAGCGACAGCUGCCUCUGAUUGGGAAUAAUACCCAGCCAAACAUAGAAGUAUAACCACUAGACUCUAACCAUAGAUAUACAACAUAGAACUAAACAUGCACACCCUGACCAAACUAACUAGAGUUCUAGAGGUCAGGGCGUGACAGUAGGUGUGUCCAAACUUUUGACUUUGGACACACCUACUCAUUCCAGGGUUUUUCUUUAUUUUACUAUUUUCUACAUUGUAGAAUAAUAGUGAAGACAUCAAAACUAUGAAAUAGCACAUAUGGAAUCAUGUAGUAACCACAAAAUUGUUAAACAAAUCAAAAUAUAUUUGAGAUUUGAGAUUCUUCAAAAUAGCCACCCUUUGCCUUGACAGCUUUGCACACUCUUGGCAUUCUCUCAACCAGUUUCAUGAGGUAGUCACCUGGAAUGCAUUUCAAUUAACAGGUGUUAAAAGUUAAUUUGUGGAAUUUCUUUCCUUCUUAAUGCGUUUGAGCCAAUCAGUUGUGUUGUGACAAGAUACAGAAGAUAGCCCUAUUUGGUAAAAUACCAAGUCCAUAUUAUGGCAAGAACAGCUCAAAUAAGCAAAGAGAAACGACAGUCCAUCAUUACUUUAAGACAUUAAGGUCUGUCAAUCCGGAAAUAUUCAAGAACUUUGAACAUUUCUUCAAGAGCAGUUGCAAAAACCAUCAAGCCCUAUGAUGAAACUGUCUCUCAUGAGGACUGCCACAGGAAAGGAAGACCCAGAGUUACCUCUGCUGCAGAGGAUAGGUUCAUUAGAGUUAACCUCAAUUUUCAAUUUUCGCCUAAAAUGACAUACCCAAAUCUAACUGCCUGUAGCUCAGAACUUGAAGCAAGGAUAUGCAUAUUCUUUGAAGUUUGUGGAAAUGUGAAAUUAACGUAGGAGAAUAUAACACAUUAGAUUUGGUAAAGGAUAAUACAAACAAAAAACAUGUGUUUUCUAUUAAUUUUUUUGUUCCAUCAUCUUUGAAAUGCAAGAGAAAGGCCACAAUGUAAUAUUGCAGUUAAGGCAAAAUUUAGAUUUUGCAGUGUGUGCAAAGUUUCAGAUUGAUCCAGUGAAGCUUUGCAAUACUGGAUUAUUUUGUAUGAAGUCUGCUCAAAUGUACCGAAUUGGUCAAUUGAUACAUUUUCAAGUACAUAACUAUAGAGAACAUACAUAAAUUAUAUGGUAAUACAAAAUGUAAGUUUACACACUCCCAGGAAUGUCAUACAUGAUGGGCAUUAGCUUAUACACUAACUUUCACACAUCUAGAUGGCCGAGCAGGGUGGGUGUGGAGCCAGAGACAGCAGGGGUUCAAACUGUAGAUCCCAGUUCCUACAUUUGAAUAUAACAUUGAUUUUAUCAAACAAAAAUAUGCUACAUUUUAUCUCUGGGACCCUUAGGAUGACAAAUCAGAGCAAGAUUACUGAAUGUAAGUACAUUAUUUACCUUCAGAGGUGAAUGUAUCAAACCAGUUGUCGUGAUAAGUUUUUUGUUGAUGUGCACUCUCCUCAAACAAUAGCAUGUUAUUUUUUCACUGUAAUAGCUACUGUAAAUUAGACAGUGCAGUUAGAUUAACAAGAAUUUAAGCUUUCUGCCCAUAUAAGACAUGUACAGUGGGGAGAACAAGUAUUUGAUACACUGCCGAUUUUGCAGGUUUUCCUACUUACAAAGCAUGUAGAGGUCUGUAAUUUUUAUCAUAGGUAUACUUCAACUAUGAGAGACGGAAUCUAAAACAAAAAUCCAGAAAAUCACAUUGUAUGAUUUUUAAGUAAUUAAUUUGCAUUUUAUUGCAUGACAUAAGUAUUUGAUCACCUACCAACCAGUAAGAAUUCCGGCUCUCACAGACCUGUUCGUUUUUGUUUAAGAAGCCCUCCUGUUCUCCACUCAUUACCUGUAUUAACUGCACCUGUUUGAACUUGUGUAUGUCAGAGCAAAACAGUUUGAAACAGUGUAUGUCAGAGCAAAAACCAAGUCAUGAGGUCGAAGGAAUUUUCCGUAGAGCUCCGAGACAGGAUUGUGUCGAGGCACAUAUCUGGGGAAGGGUACAAAAAAAUGUCUGCAGAAUUUAAGGUCCCCAAGAUCACAAUGGCCUCCAUCAUUCUUAAAUGGAAGAAGUUUGGAACCACCAAGACUCUUCCUAGAGCUGGCCGCCCAGCCAAACUGAGCAAUCGGGGGAGAAGGGCCUUGGUCAGGGAGGUGACCAAGAACCCGUUGGUCACUCUGACAGAGUUCCAGAGGUCCUCUGUGGAGAUGGGAGAACCUUCCAGAAGGACAACCAUCUCUGCAGAACUCCACCAAUCAGGCCUUUAUGAGUUGCCGGACGGAAGCUACUCCUCAGUAAAAGGCACAUGACAGCCCGCUUGGAGUUUGCCAAAAGGCACCUAAAGGACCUUCAGACCAUGAGAAACAAGAUUCUCUGGUCUGAUGAAACCAAGAUUGAACUCUUUGGCCUGAAUGCCAAGCGUCAUGUCUGGAGGAAACCUGGCACCAUCUCUACUGUGAAGCAUGGUGGUGGCAGCAUCAUGCUGUGGGGAUGUUUUUCAGCGGCAGGGACUGGGAGACUAGUCAGGAUCGAGGGAAAGAUGAAUGGAGCAAAGUACAGAGAGAUCCUUGAUGAAAACCUGCUCCAGAGCGCUCAGGACCUCAGACUGGGGCGAAGGUUCACCUUCCAACAGGACAACAACCCUAAGCACACAGCCAAGACAACGCAUGAGUGGCUUCGGGACAAGUCUCUGAAUGUCCUUGUGUGGCCCAGCCAGAUCCCAGACUUGAACCUGAUCGAACAUCUCUGGAGAGACCUGAAAAUAGCUGUGCAGCUACGCUGCCCAUCCAACCUGACAGAGAAACUCCCCAAAUACAGGUGUGCCAAGCUUGUAGCAUCAUACCCAAGAAGACUCGAGGCUGUAUUCGCUGCCAAAGGUGAUUAUACAAAGUACUGAGUAAAGGGUCUGAAUACUUAUGUAAAUGUGAUAUUUCCAUUUUAAAACAAAUACAAAAUUGCAAAAAAAUCUAAAAACCUGUUUUUGCUUUGUCAUUCAAAUCAUAGCAAUUUUUAUUGGUCACAUACACAUAUUUAGCAGAUGUUAUUGCAGGUGUAGAGAAAUGCUUGUGUUCCUAGCUCCAACAGUGCAGUAGUAUCUAACAAUGAACAACAAUACACAAAUCUAAAAGUAAAAGAAUGGAAUUAAGAAAUGAAUAAAUACUAGGACAAGCAAUGUUGGAGUGGCAUUGACUAAAUACAGUAGAAUAGAAUACAGUAUAUACAUAUGAGAUGAGUAAAGCAGUAUGUAAACAUUAUUCAAGUGACUAGUGUUCCAUUAUUAAAAUGGCCAGUGAUUCCAUGUCUAUGUAUAAAGGGCAUCAGCCUCUAAGCUGCAGGGUAUUGUGUGUAGAUUGAUGAGGGGAAAAAAACGAUUUAUUCCAUUUUAGAAUAAGGCUGUAACGUAACAAAAUGUGGAAAAAGUCAAGGGGUCUGAAUACUUUUAGAAAUCACUGUACGUAUCAGUGGGGAUUAAGAAGUGCGUAUACGCAAUGUCCACUGAAAAAUAAGUGGGUAUACUGCGCAUACACUCCACUACACUACUGUAUAUAAUUGGUUUGUAUGUGUGGGGCUUUAUCUGAAAUUGUUCUUUACAGAGUCAAGUAUAUUUGUCCAGGCCUCAAUUGUUCCUUCACUAACAACAUUAUUUCUCGCUGUUGAUAAUUCUAAUGUUAUAACUUCUAAUAGUAACUGGAUCCACUGGUUAAAUGGGACAGAGUGAGGAGGUUGCAGCAGUGCUGCCUGCUAGGAGUAAUCUUCUCUGAUUGAUUGAGAUAUUAAUUAUGUAACAUAGUAGAUGGAAAGCAUUGACUAUAUAAAUUCAUGCACUUCUAAAUGAAUUUUGUAACUUUUCCCCAGAAGUAUUUCACCUUUUACUGCAGUGGGCUAAAUCAGGGUCACACAGAGUGAUUCUUGGUAGUCUUAAACAAAUCUACUUUGAAACAAAAGUAUACACCUCACGUACAUGGUUAUGGUCUUAAAAAAAAGAAGACACCUGUAUCAUGUCAGAUAUAGAGUUGAAAUGUAUUACAUUUUGAGUUUGCAUCACAUUAUUACACUUUAUAUACAUCACAGAAGACUGAAAUAUAACAAAACUGUUUGACAUAGAAACACCGAAUUUUCAUCAUGUUUUUUGAAAUAAUCUUUAUUAAUGAUGAAAUGAUGAAAUAUAUUAUCAUUCAACCCAUGGGGCCUUUUGGUCAUUGACUGCAGGAAAGGGCUACCAGCAGGGUACUCGUACAUCAUAUGAAGGAAUGUGCCUACCUGAUUUAAGGCGUCAACAUGAUUCAGUUCGGCUGAUGCCUAGCCAAACUCGGCUAGGUGAAACUCAGCUAGUGUGCUCGUAUACUCCCUUAAAAGAUCUUCGCUUGAAAAAGGAGAAAAAAUUGGCAAUAGUACUGUUUGUACAUUUUGAGAUGCAAUAGGUAGUAUACUAAGAUGUUUGGUGCAGUAUUUCUGAAGUGAAAAAAUUUGCAUGAAAACGAUUUGUCUCUCGUUGAAUGACAACAAACACUUCAUUGAAGAAUCCCUACUGUAACAUAUCAUACUAAUUUGAGUGUCCCGGAUUUAGUAAAAUAUAGUACGUUUUAAAGUAUUAAAAUAUAAUACUAUCCGUACCAAACCUUUAAAUUGUAUUUCCAGGCACUAGCAUUUCGCCCCAUCCUACACAGAGCUCUGUGAUGAAUCACUGAUGAAGGGCUGUAGACUUCAGCUUCUGACUUUGGAUUGCCGCGAGAAAAAAUGUAGUGUGCACGAACAACCGAAAAAACCUUUGCCGAAGAACAAAAACGUCACAAAAUGUUGUCAUAAUAUAUGCACGAACUGUUCCGAACUAUUUAGGCUGGGAAGCAUGCGGAUGCCUUGGGAGUUGGAGUCAAUAUCAUCGUAAAACGUCUCCUUGGUGUUAAAUACAGUCUGUGAAUGAACUUAAAAUGUAUAAGUUGAUUACGGGAUGCCAAGGUCAUAUUUUUCCCUAUUCAGUUCCAGUUAAAGGGUUGUUCAGAUGCCAUUAGAUCUGUGGACCAAACUUUUUUAAUGGCUAGCUCAGAAUAUGAGCUUUCCAAAAGUUGUUUAUAUAUUAUAAAGGUCAGUCCUUUCGGGAACCCAGAUAAUUGAUUUAUAAAUCCCAUCAUUGAAUGGUUUGGUAGUUGGGUUUCCCAAGGGACUCCAUAGGCCAGCAUAGCUGACCUAAAUUGUAAAUAUAGAAAAAAGGAGUUGCCUGGUAAUGUGUAUGUAUCUUUCAAAUUUUGGAAUGUUCUCAAACCAUUUAUGUCCAUGAUAUCUGUAAGGGUACGGAUUCCACAUUUGGACCAUUGAGGGGAUGCAAAAGGCCGCCCUCCAGAUCGCAAGCCAUUAUUGUGAAACAUUGGAGUAUGGGCCAUUUUCAUUCCCAGUUACAUUGUUUUACAAUUUUGCGCCAAAUAGAAAUUGUGUGUGCAAUAAUAGUACCAAAGCGUAGUUUACAUUGUUGAAGGGAUAUAUUAGUGAAGACCACCUCUUCCAGGGCAUUAGGAGACACCAUAUUGCUCUCUAUACUCAGGCAGGGGGCAAAAUAAUCAUGUCUAAACCAAUUUAGGAUGGGGCAAAAUGCUAGACAAACCAUAAAACAGGCAAUGCGUCAAUACAGGACUAAGAUCGAAUCCUACUACACUGGCUUUGACGCUGUGGCAGGGCUUGCAAACUAUCACAGAUUACAAAGGGAAAUCCAGGUGAGAGCUGCCAAGUAACAUGAGCCUACCAGACGAGCUAAAUGCCUUAUAUGCUCGCUUCAAGGCAAGCAACACUCAACCAUGUGUGACAGCACCAGCUGUUACGGAUGACUGUAUGAUCAUACUCUCUGUAGCCGAUGUGAGAAAGGUUACAGACGGAUUACCAGGAUGCGUACUCAGAGCAUGCGCUGACCACCUGGCAAGUGUCUUCACUGACAUGUUCAACCUCUCCCUGACCCAGUCUGUAAUACCUACAUGUUUCAAGCAAACCACCAUAGUCCCUGUGCCCAAUAACGCCAAGGUAACUUGUCUAAAUGACUACAGCCCCGUAGCACUCACAUCUGUAGCUUUGAAAGGCUGGUCAUGGCUCACAUCAAUGCCAUCAUCCCAGAAACCCUGGACCCACUCCAAUUCACAUACCGCCCCAACAGAUCCACAGAUGACGCAAUCUCUAUUGCACUCCACACUGCCCUUUCCCACCUGGACAAAGGAACACCUACAUGAGAAUGCUGUUCAUUGACUACAGCUCAGCGUUCAACACCAUAGUGCCCUCCAAGUUCAUCACUAAGCUAAGGACUCUGGGACCAAACAACUCCCUCUGCAACUGAAUCCUGGACUUCCUGACAGUCCGCCCCCAGGUGGUGAGCGUGGGCAACAACACAUCCACCACGCUGGCCCUCAACAAGGGGGCCUCUCAGGGGUCCGUGCUCAGUGUGGUGCCAGGACAACAACCUCUCCCUGAACGUGGGCAAGACAAAUGAGCUUAUCGUGGACUAAAGGAAAUGGAGGGCCGAACACGCCGAUAUUCACAUCGACAGGGCUGUAGUGGAGCGGGUCGAGAGCUUCAAGUUCUCGGGGUCCACAUCACUAAGGACCUAUCAUGGUCUAAACACACCAACACAGUCGUGAAGAGGGCACGACAACGCCUCUUCCCCUUCAGGAGGCUGAAAGGAUUUGGCAUGGGCCCUCGGAUCCUCAGAAACGUAUACAGCUGCACCAUUGAGAGCGUCUUGACUGGCUGCAUCACCGCUUUGUAUGGCAACUGCUCGGCAUCUGACCGCAAGGAGCUACAGAGGGUGGUGUGUACGGCCCCAGUACAUCACUGGGGCUGAACUCAAAGACUCCAGCCACCCAAAUCAUAGACUGUUCUCUCUGCUACCGCACGGCAAGCGUUACUGGAGCACCAAGUGGCUACCUGGACUAUUUACAUUGGCCCCCUUUAUUAUUUAUUGUUGUAUCUUAAUUUUUUUGCACUGACUCUCUUGCACUGGCUCACUAGACUCUACCCACAGACUCACACAUACUACAUUGACUCUCCAACACAUAUACACACACACACUACAUACGCUCACACACACACACACACACACAAAACACACGUGCAUAUUGACGCCACACACACACACACUCACACAGACACACUUCACAUACGCUGCUGCUACUCUGUUUAUUAUAUAUCCUGAUUGCCUAGUCACUUUUACCCCUACCCACAUGUACAUACUGUAUUACCUCAAUUACCUCAACUACCUCGUACCCUGCACAUUGACUCGGUACUGGUACUCCUUGUAUAUAGCCUCGUUAUUGUUUUUAUUGUGUUACUAUUUCCUUUUUUAUUUCGCAAAUAUUUGUCUUACUUUUUAACUCUGCAUUGUUGGGAAUGGGCUCGUAAGUAAGCAUUUCAAGAUAAGUCUACACCUGUUGUAUUCGGCACAUUGUGUGAAGUUACAUAUCAUACUAAAUGGAGUGGCAUCGAUUUUAGUCAAAUAUAAUUGUUUUGCUCUAAGACCGGAUGUGAAUUCCUGAGUGCUAUGCUGUGUGUCAGUGUGUCAGAGCUGUCCCUGCUCAUUACAGCAAGAGCAGUCAUUUGGCAGGACAAUUUAGUCCUCCACCAUCAUCACUCUUAAGUCAGGCAAUCGUUUGGAAGAUGCCUGGGUAAGGUCUUUUUUACCCUCUGACUAUGUGUCAGUGCGUGUUUCUCUCUCAUUCUCCUUGAGAACACUUUGGCAGGUCUGACAUCAUGAGCUGUCAGGGAUUAGAGUCUCUCCCUGCAGACAACAGCUGAUCCUGGACCAGUCCUACUCAGAGAGUCUUAUCUGGCCAGUGCAGGGGUCUGCAGGGGCUGGAGUAGCCAUGUACACACACUCACAGCCCCUACAUGAGAGACCCAGGACAGUGGUAUAAAACAGUGGCAUACACACACACACACACACACACACUGCACACACACACACACACACACACUGCACACACACACCCAUGCAUUAUCCAGAGUGCAGGGUCUGGAAGGGUCUCCUGGUAGGACUGCAUCCACAGUCCUACCAGGAGGGAACCCAGACCAAAGCGCCUCUGUGCUCCCUCCAUGCCCCCUGUGCCCGCCUGUCCUCCCUGCUCCGUCUGCUGCCAUCUGCACACCAUUGUUCUGCCUUAUGUCAAGAUAAACAGCAGAGCAUUGUGAGGCCUGAGGAACACCAAGGCUUGUGGGCCUGUGACUCAGCAAGCUACUCCCUCAGCACGAGAGACGUGACUGAAGCAGAUUGAGUGUUUUUGUGUGUGUACAUAGGUGUAAUGGCAGUUAUUGUAGUUGUAAUAGCCUGCAUGUUAUGUAUCCCAAGAAGCUCAGCAGUCACACAUAGCAUAAGCACAAUAAAGUACCUCCCUCGGGUCAUAUGCCCAAUUUCUUACUAACACGCAUUAGUCUCUAUGUCUGUCGUGCAAAAAUAUGCAUUCUGCCCCACCCCCUUUUCUAACUUCCUCCUUUUCAGGUGAGUGAAUAUGGAAAUGGGUGAUGGAGGGAGACAGAGGGAGGCAGGGGGCAGUGGGCACAGAUGGGUGGCUGGCAUGAAAAGCUCCUCUGGUGAAUGUGUUUGUUCGACGGGUCAGAGAUGAGGACGGGGGGACGUGGGGAACUGGGCCCUGUGCCAUUUCAUAUAAAUGUAUCAUUACGCCACACAGGGCGCGGGCAUUUGUCACGCCAGCAGCUUCCGAGGGGCACUAAACCGACAUGUGGUUGGAUGGGACAGGGCUGGGACAGGUCACAGACGCAGGCCCCUAUCGCCGGGCAUGGUUAUUAUUCAUAGCUAGAGGAGGGGGGAGAGGAGAAGAGGAAGGAGGAGGGGAUUGGGUCCCAGAGAGAAGAUUUUAUGCGAGAGAGUACCAGCAUGUGGGAGGCCCACUGUGCACUUGCUACAACACAUACACACACACACACACACACACACACAGUAGUUUAAUCUACUGUCAGGCGGGCAGCUCUGACUGCAGGAGAGGUAGCAGGCCGGAGGAGUGGGGUGGAGGGAUGAAGGAGUGGAGCGGAGGGGGUAGAGAGGCGGUGGUGUUCUGUCAAAAAGCGACUCCCCCUUAUUCCAUUUAGAUUACAAACCUACAGACGUUUAUUGUCAUGAUUCUUGCCCUGCAGGCAGAACUGAGCGAUUUUACACUAGUUGGGCCAGCUGCAAAGUCAGAAUUGGCUAAAUUGUAAAAAUUCUAAACUGUGCUUUUUGGUCUUAAUUUAAGGUUAGGGUAGGGGAGUGUGGUUUAGGUUAGGGUUAGGUUUAUAAUCUGAUUUUGUGUCUGUGCCAGUUGGGGACCACUCUGAAGAGCUGCCUCCAGGGCAAGAUUCAUGACAAUAAAUUCCAACCUGCAUUGAAAGACAGAGGAUGUGUUUUCCCCUAAAACCCCACCUCCAGGUCUCAGCUUGUGGUGUCUCUGUUGCCAUGGUUAUCAUUAGGGCUGGUUUGGGGGAGUUAGCAUCUGCAAGAUAACACCUUCAACACCCCCCCCCCCCCCCCCCCCCCCCCUCUCUUUUCUUUCUCUCUGUAUCUCUCUUUCUUUCUUUCUCUCUCUCUAUCUAUCUGUCUCGCUCUUUUUCUCUCGCUCUCUUUCCCUCUCUCGCUCCCUCUCUCUUGUAUGCCUAUUGUUCUCUCUUUCCUUAGAAGAGCAUGAUGAGGGUUGUUCAAGUACUUGUCCCUGUAUGUAUUGUAGAUAGACCCAGGCGUUUAUAUAAAAAAGAAACGGAUAAACAGUUUUGUUAGCACAUUCUAAAUAAGAACUUGCGGCAGUCUCUAUCACACAACAGUUCAUGGUAAGCAACAUUAAAGAUUUAAAAAGGUACUUGCACUCAAACCAAGCCGAGUACUGAGGAUACGAAGAGGUAGGACGCAGGAAUCAACAAUGUAAAGGUUUACUUAACACUGAGCAAGAGAACAACAACGAGCGAGUACACGACAAGACACUAACAAUCACACACAACACUGAACAGUCCAGGGCUAUAUAGUGGUGUUGAUGAGAUGAUGAGGUGCAGGUGCGCUGGAGCUGAUUAGGGUGCGUUGGGUUUCCAUUCCGGUGUUGCCGAGGUGGUGCGCUCAGACCGGUGACUCAGUAGACCGGCGAAUCAGAGCGCCGGAGGGGAGCAACGGGAGGAGACGUGACACCGAGAUGCAAAGAUAAUAUACUUAAUUUAAUCCAUGGUCGAAAGAAUACAAAGGGUGACAGUGCAAAGUGCUAAAAAUAAAACAAAAAAGAGCAUAAGGUUCAGCCUUAUGCCUUCAUAAGUGCUGUACAAAAAUGUGAGGGUACCUUUUGAACUCUCUCAAUUUUUUAUCCUACACACCGGUCACCUUUCCUUUUAGCCAGAGUGCAAACUCUCAUACAGGCCCUCCAGUUACCCCUAGAAUAACUCUAACAUCGUUUUCAUCCUGACAAACUGCUCUUGAGCAAAACUUCCUGUGAUCUCGACACCUGACAGAGAGAGAGAGAGAAAGCUCAGACAGAAGAUGUUUCUUGAUUUAUGACAAAGCAAACACCGGACACAUCGUUAGUCAAUGCCAAUGAUGCACUUGAUCAGUUCAGAGCCGUGUUGCUGGUCUAAUAGAGACAAUGGGGCCUUUAUCAUUGAGAAGCUCGUUACAGGUAAGACCUGGCGGAGAGGGAGAGAAAAGAGAGAUGUCGGCCAUUGUGCACUUAUGACUGUGGAAGAAUGCAUUAACAGCCUCUCUCUGCUUGAGGCAGAUAAAGGCUUCUUUCUGCCUCCAGUUGAUAAUUUCCUGCCGCUCAAAAAAAUUAAGAUGACAAAUGUGACCAAGUUGACAAUCACAGAUCAGAAAGUCAUGUUGUGUGAUUCAGCACAAGAAGAGAGACCGAGAGACAUGUUCCUCUCUCCCUGUCUCUCCGCCUCAUGCUCUCGUUCGCUCUUGCUCUCUCUUCGCUCAGUCCUCUUUUGCCUCGCCUCUUCCCUCGCUCCUCUCCUCCACAGGUUAGGCAGUCUAUGAUUGGGCCUCAUUUAGAUGAAAAAGUCAAAUGAAAAACAGGCGGAUUUCCAAACAAAGGAGGGUCUCAAAGGGGUUCUGCUUGUAAAAACAUUUCCAUCUAAAUGCAGAUUUGGUAUAUCUACUGCGAUGGGGCCACAGCGCUUACAUUCAUUAUUUAACCAUGUAGGAAUAGAGACAUUUUUUAUCGCUUUCCUCUGCUUUAAGCAGUCAUUUGGAUUUUUAAGAAGUGUAUCUGCAUUUUGAUUUUGUGUCACAAAUUGUUGCGGUCGGGGUAGAAACUAAAUACAAUCUGGGUAAGGGAAGACAAACAAAGAAACACAUUUGUACAAAACAAAGUUGACAGAAAGAGAACAGUGGUUACAACUUAACGUAAUUCACUGCACAUUUGUUUGGGUGCUGUGGGGACACGGGCAACACAAUGGUGAUGGCCAAGUGGAAAGUGGAACAGGGUUUGGCAAACACUGUCAUGCCUCAUGAUUAUACAGCUGGAGCAUUAUCGGUGCUUCUCAGCUUAAACAUACGGUUGGCUGUAUUACAUUUACCCCAGCUAUAGGCGAGGUGGCCCAGAAAUUGCAACGCGAUAGUCCUUGGGGACAGUGUGUGUAUGUGUGUGCAGCAGUGGCGGUUCUAGACACAUUUUACUAGGGGGGCCAAGGAGGGGCCAGUGUUUAAUCAGGGGGGCACACAUAAAAAAACUGGCAACACAUGAUAUUCAAAGAUUAUAAACUUUAUUUUACUUUAAAAUCAUAGUCAGUCAGUUCUAACAGCUCUUUGAUAAUCCCUCCAUGCGAUCAUUGCACACUUGUGUCGUUCAGACUUUGCAUGUAGUGAAAACCCUGCAUUUCUCAUAGUUGCCUUUUUCCAGUUUGUAAAACCAGGUGUUGAAACAAAAACGGUGUCUGGGGCAUUUGGUGUGCUAAAAUGUCUACAUGCAUAGCAACAUGUAGAGUCCGUCAUUACAGAAUACUCAAGCCAUGGAUGAGUAGUGUACCAGUUUGGUCUGAAGCUUCGUCUUCUGUCCCCCAUCAGUGUGGUUGGGAAUAUCUUCAAGUUCGGCUGUACUGGUACGUCAUACUUAGACUUGCUGAUAUCUGAAGAAGAUGGACAGUAAACAUAGGGCACAACUACAACAUUUAUUUACUGUAUAUCUGCAUGUAUUUCAAAAUGUAGGCAAAGUAUUUACUUUAAAAAAAAAACAGAGCCAUAUUGACACAAAAAAGAAUUAACAGCAGAAAGCAGCAUUUUAAGGACACCCAGCAGGCCUACCAUUACAUUGUAAUUGCAUUGCUUUGCAAAUAGUAAGAACCUUCCUCAUCACAAACCUGAUGGUGCAGUACUUGAUCCACAUGGAUCCACUUGCUGUCCCUCUGGCUGUUCAUCUCUCUGUCCCUGUAUUCUUUCUUCUUCAUGCUUCUCACCCUCUUCUUCAUUCUCCUCGUCCUCUUCUUCAUUCUCCUCACCCUCUUCUUCAUCCUCCUCACCCUCUUCUUCAUCCUCCUCACCCUCUGGAAUUUCCCUCUCUUUGUCAGACCCCUCACUUUCAUCACAUGCUGGCUCUCCCUCUUCCUCAACUUUCUCAAAACCUCGAUUUGUUUCUCUCACUUUUUUGUUUGCUGGGGCAAAAAAUGACUUUAUGUCCCUUCCUCGUUUCAUGAUAACUAUUAGAAGAAGAAAAAACGUAGGGGCAUGCAUUACAUUUUGUUACCUAACCAUCCCUCCCUACUUAACACUGGCAGAUAACCUGUUGAUUACUUUACUAAAAAUGUAUUUGUUAUCGCGAUGCAACAGCCAAGACGGAUGAAGUUACGUGGUUAACAUCACAACAUUGUGUAGACCUAGCAAGGAUAGCCUACUAACAUUUGGAUAUUUGCUUCUGCUUCGAUGAGUUUGCUUAGAUAUGAUUACAUUUCUAAACAAAUCGAGACCAGACAUUUAAAAACUUGAUUUGAUUUAUGUGUGAGGAACAAAAGGAACAUGUAGGCUAUGUGCAAGAACAACAAGUCACUUAUGAUAUUAAAUCGUUUUACUUACCUUCGACUCCUGCAAAUCGUAGCUCCUCUCGCAAAUAGUAGUUGCUGAGCUCUCAUUCACCGAAGCAGCACCACACGUGGCAGGCAGGCAGAUGGCAGGAUACAGUUUUUGGGUGCGCCACUCUAAUUUACCCGUGUAGAACGUUGCCGUGUAGAGCGUUGCAUUAGUUCCGCUUUUGGCGCUCGCGUGUAAAAUAGUUAUAAAUUCAUAAUUUUUUAUUUGGUCAGCACGGGGGGGGGGCCACAGGGGUGGCCAGGGACAUUUCCAGGGAGGCACGGGCCUCCCCCGGCCUCCGUGUAAAACCGCCACUGGUGUGCAGUAAACACACUGAUGAGUGCCACUUCCCUGUGGGAGGUAGAGGAAAGGGAGGAGAAGAGCGUGUAUGUGUGUCCCCUCAGGCCUGCUGACUCACUCCACUGAGCCUGAGAGAACCAACAUUUUCCCAUCUCUGCCUCUUAUGCUGCCAGAGUAGAGACACUUUAUACAGUGGGGGAAAAAGUGUUUAGUCAGCCACCAAUUGUGCAAGUUCUCCCACUUAAAAAUAUGAGAGAGGCCUGUAAUUUUCAUCAUAGGUACACGUCAACUAUGACAGACAAAAUGAGAAAAAAAAUCCAGAAAAUCACAUUGUAGGAUUUUUUAUGAAUUUAUUUGCAAAUUAUGGUGGAAAAUAAGUAUUUGGUCAAUAACAAAAGUUUCACAAUACUUUGUUAUAUACCCUUUGUUGGCAAUGACACAGGUCAAACGUUUUCUGUAAGUCUUCACAAGGUUUUCACACACUGUUGCUGGUAUUUUGGCCCAUUCCUCCAUGCAGAUCUCCUCUAGAGCAGUGAUGUUUUGGGGCUGUCGCUGGGCAACACAGACUUUAAACUCCCUCCAAAGAUUUUCUAUGGGGUUGAGAUCUGGAGACUGGCUAGGCCACUCCAGGACCUUGAAAUGCUUCUUAUGAAGCCACUCCUUCGUUGCCCGGGCGGUGUGUUUGGGAUCAUUGUCAUGCUGAAAGACCCAGCCACGUUUCAUCUUCAAUGCCCUUGCUGAUGGAAGGAGGUUUUCACUCAAAAUCUCACGAUACAUAGCCCCAUUCAUUCUUUCCUUUACACGGAUCAGUCGUCCUGGUCCGUUUGCAGAAAAACAGCCCCAAAGCAUGAUGUUUCCACCCCCAUGCUUCACAGUAGGUAUGGUGUUCUUUGGAUGCAACUCAGCAUUCUUUGUCCUCCAAACACGACGAGUUGAGUUUUUACCAAAAAGUUCUAUUUUGGUUUCAUCUGACCAUAUGACAUUCUCCCAAUCCUCUUCUGGAUCAUCCAAAUGCACUCUAGCAAUCUUCAGACGGGCCUGGACAUGUACUGGCUUAAGCAGGGGGACACGUCUGGCACUGCAGGAUUUGAGUCCCUGGCGGCGUAGUGUGUUACUGAUGGUAGGCUUUGUUACUUUGGUCCCAGCUCUCUGCAGGUCAUUCACUAGGUCCCCCUGUGUGGUUCUGGGAUUUUUGCUCACCGUUCUUGUGAUCAUUUUGACCCCACGGGGUGAGAUCUUGCGUGGAGCCCCAGAUCGAGGGAGAUUAUCAGUGGUCUUGUAUGUCUUCCAUUUCCUAAUAAUUGCUCCCACAGUUGAUUUCUUCAAACCAAGUUGCUUACCUAUUGCAGAUUCAGUCUUCCCAGCCUGGUGCAGGUCUACAAUUUUGUUUCUGGUGUCCUUUGACAGCUCUUUGGUCUUGGCCAUAGUGGAGUUUGGAGUGUGACUGUUUGAGGUUGUGGACAGGUGUCUUUUAUACUGAUAACAAGUUCAAACAGGUGCCAUUAAUACAGGUAACGAGUGGAGGACAGAGGAGCCUCUUAAAGAAGAAGUUACAGGUCUGUGAGAGCCAGAAAUCUUGCUUGUUUGUAGGUGACCAAAUACUUAUUUUCCACCAUAAUUUGCAAAUAAAUUCAUAAAAAAUCCUACAAUGUGAUUUUCUGGAUUUUUUUUCUCAAUUUGUCUGUCAUAGUUGACGUGUACCUAUGAUGAAAAUUACAGGCCUCUCUCAUCUUUUUAAGUGGGAGAACUUGCACAAUUGGUGGCUGACUAAAUACAUUUUUUCCCCACUGUAUAUAGAGAAAAUUAGUGUGUGCGUGCACAUGCAUGUGUGUGAUUUUCAAUUACAUUACUCCAUUUCCCUUCUAUAAAUCACACUGUUGCUUCUAUCUUCCUCCUUUCUUUCCUUCCUCCCUUCCUCAUCCUCACCAUCAUGUUCUGAGCAGAGUGCCAACCCCAAACCUCUUCAUCUUUUUACUGCGUUACUCCCCUCUGUGGAAAGAGGAGAUUGGGCUGCUGCUACCAAAUGAACAAAGUUCAGAAGUGCCACCAUUUUCCCUGACAGACUGAAGCACAUUACAUUCUGUACUCAGAAUGUGGACGGUCUCAUAUGUAACACGGAGAAACUGUACCUACCGGAACAUUCUGUCUCAGGAACCGAGAAUGACCCAUAUGACACUCCUGAUAUGGUCAAUUGUCUUCAGUGCCACAGAAAUCUCUGGAAAUUCCUUGUAACCUUGUUGACUUCGUAACAUACUGGUAAUCAAAUCUGUCUCAUAAUAGAUAUGGUUUAAAGCCCCUUCUGCAGCACACAGCCACACAAAGAUGGUCAGUAUAAAACCUGUAGUUCACAAAGUUCUGUUUCCAUCUUGAGCUCGUGUUGAUAUUUCCUAGCCCCAUUAAACGCCCCUCUUUGAAAAGAGAUGGCCAUGUUUUCCUCACAGGUCACAGCUCUUUAGGCAGGCGGAGCAUCACUUGAGUGUGCUGAAAGAAAAAGGCCUUUUUAAACAUGAAUCACCUUUCAUGCCGUCGGAUGCAGCGCCAGCGACACAGUUUAGAAUAGAUCAGCUAGGUGAGGGAGUCAAACACAGCACCGUGGGCGUCUUGGAGUGUUGAGCAUGUCACACACAGACAGAUGGAGAGGAGCUAAUGUUAAGCUCUUCGCCAAGUGGCAGUCAGCCUCUUAGGAAGCCACGGGUAAAGCAUAUAAAGCAUGUAGCAACGAGCACUGACAGCUAUUCACAUGUCUCGUCUGCUAUUUGUGUGCUCUGGCGUGCUCAAAGACACAAUAAACCAUCAGCCAGAAAAAUGAUAUAUUCCCACAAAAGCGCGCGUGUGUAUGUGUGUGAGUAGCAUGUGUGUAUUUAGGGUACCAUGAAUAGUGAAUUAGAGAUGAGAUGUUCUCAAGCAGGGGUUGGGGCUGAAUGCCAGGCCAAGGGUAACGGUUGGGCUGUGAGGGGAGGGCACACACAUACACACACCACUCUUAUCCAUCCGGCAUUGGGCAUAAUUCAAUGGGAAUCGAAAAUGAGGCAACAGAGGGCAAAUUGAAUUGCUGUCACAGACUGAAUGUAAUGAAAUUGCUAGCUGAAGCCGAGCGAAAACAUCGAGCCAGGUUUCAAAAAGGGAAACGGAAGAAAAAUAGAUUGUCGGAAGAAAACCAAAUAAAUGAACAGAGGCAAAAAUAAAAAGCUUCUGUGGCCUGGUGGUCGUAUGAAGAAGGGAAUGAGAAAGGAAAGAGAAGGGAAGGGAGAGAGAAAAGCACAACGGCGUGUCUGUGACGAUCUCGGGAAGCAUUGCUCUUCCAAUCAGCUACUUAAUUACUGUGGAGACAGCCAGGAGAGACACAUUCCACCAGCGGCGACGCCACAACCCUGCUCCGCCACACUUUACAUGAAAUCUAAUCAGAUGAAAUAGGAGCGGGGAGCGAGUCGACACACUGCAGGUGUAGAGGAAACGGAUAGUAAUGAAAAUAAAUCAAUACCCUCAUUUCCCCCUACUUCCUACCAUCAACCACUGCCUCCAGUUCUCUCGCUCUCUUUCUUUCCUUCCUUCCCCCUCUACAUUCAUAACAACGUGACACUAGCAGUCUAUGUUUCCCCACUGCUGCCUGGGCAAUCGAGAAAGAAAUAAGAGAGUUUUAGCAUUUCUCUCCUGGUUCCACUCAAACGAUACAGCCUAUCUGAUAGAUCUCAAUGCUGUUAUUAAUUAAUGCUCUUAUAAGAGAGGUCCCCCAGUGAGUGAGUUGCUGAUUGAACGUUUUUAUACUAAGGAGGGCUUUUAAGUCUGGGGGAGAGUGUGUGUGUGCCUGUAUUCCCUGCUGGCCUUCCCAGGCACUGGUGGCUGAUGUUGUCGAUACUUCCACAUCCCAACACACUACCACAUGACCUAAUGACUAUGGGCUGGGAAUGGUCUCAGGAGGAGCAGGGGAAGGAUGGAGGGAGGAGGAGUGCAGGAGAGAAAAAAAGCCAGUAGCUUACAAUGUAAGCCUCAUUUAUAAUAAGGUGAACUGUAUGAACGGAUAGAGAUACAGUCUAUAUCUCUAUCCUACGUGACUGUAGAGCAGGGGUCUCCAACGGGUAGAAGUUACAAGUGAGCUACAAGUAAUGCAGAGCCCACCAAUGAGCAGCUCGCCAAUCAAUUCUGAAAGUACAUGCAUUUUAUCAUGUGUUCCAUCGCAAACUGUCAUAAACAUAAAGCUCCUGGGUUCUAUCCAAUCAAAGCCACACAUUAUCCCACCCUUGGUUAACCACUGUUGGCUUAAAAGCCAAACGUAACACAAUAUCUGCCAAUUAUUUUCCAGCAAUAUUGCCCCUCUGUCUUCUUUGUUUGUUUAUCACUCUAAAUGUAGCCAGUUAGCGAUGCCAAGACUUUCCUCCAAAACCUUCUCAAUUAAAUGCAAAGUAGGCUUACCUGACAGAACUACAGUGGGUAUAGAAAGUCACCACCCCCUUUCAAAAUGUUCACCUUUUGUCGCCUUACAGCCUGAAAUGAAAGACAUAAAAUCCGGCUUUAUUUACACACAGUAACCCACAAUAUCUAUUUUUUUGAAAAUCUAAAAAACUCUGAAAAUUAAUUAAAAGUAAAACAGUAAAAUACCCUAUUUGGAUAAGUGAACACCCCCCCCUUAGAAUUGCAAUUGCAAACUUGCUGAGGUAUAACCAACCACCUUCCAGAUCACAAAUCAAGCUAAUUGGCUUCCAUCUGUGAUCAAUUGUAGUGACUUUGAUUAGUUCAGAAUAAAAUCAGUUGUUCAUAGAGGACUCCACUGCUUAGUAGCGCAAUUCAAAGCAAAGAAUCCACUAUGGGCGGAAAGGUACUUUCAAAAGAUCUACGAGAUAAAGUUGUGGAAAGGCACAAGUCAGGGGAUGGAUAUAAAAAUAUUUCAAAGGCUUUGUCUAUCCCUCGGAGCACAGUUAAGACCAUUAUUAAGAAGUGGAAGGCGUAUGGCACCACCCAGACCCUGCAAAGAUCAGGCCGUCCCUCCAAACUGGAUGACCGGGCAAGGAGGAGACUGAUCAGAGAGGCCACCAAGAAGCCAAUGGCGACUUUGAAGGAGCUUCAGGCCUUUGUGGCAAAGACUGGUCAAUGUGUGUAUGUGACCACAAUAUCACAAGCACUCCACAAAUCUGGCCUCUAUGGGAGGGUGGCAAGAAAAAAAACACUCCUCAAAAAAAGCCACAUCAAGUCUUGUUUGAGCUUUGCCAAAAAGCACAUUGUAGAUUCCGUGUGCCAAGUGGCAAAAGGUGCUGUGGUCAGAUGAGACCAAAAUUGAACUUUUUGGCCUGAAUGCAAAACGAUAUGUCUGGCGAAAACCCAAUACAUCUUUCCACCCAAAGAACACCAUGCCUACAGUAAAGCAAUGCGGUGGCAGCAUCCUGUUGUUGGGGUGUUUCUCUUCAGCUGGGACUGGAGCACUUGUCAGGAUAGAAGGGAAAAUGGACAGUGCAAAAUACUGACAGGUUCUUGAGGAGAACCUGCAGCCCUCUGCCAGGAAGUUGAAAAUGGGAAGAUGGUUCACGUUUCAACAUGACAAUGACCCAAAGCACACCGCCAAAGCAACCGUACAGUGGCUCAAGGACAAGAAGGUGAAUGCCCUUGAGUGGCCUAGUCGGAGCCCCGAGAAUCUGUGGAAUGACUUGGAGUGCAGUCCAUGAGCGGUCACCAUGCAAUUUGACUGAGCUUGAACAAUUCUGCAAGGAAGAAUGGGCAAAUAUUGCGCAGUCUAGGGGUGCAAAGUUAGUAGAGACGUAUUUAAAGAGACUCAUGGCUGUAAUUCAAGCAAAAGGUGGUUCCACCAAGUAUUAACUAGGGGGGUGUUCACUUAACCAAAUAGGGUAUUUUACUGUUUUAAUUGUGAUUAAUUUUCAGAUUUUUUUUUUAUAAAAAAAAAAAAAAAAAACUUGGAUGUUGUGGGUUACUGUGUGUAAAUAAAGACGGAAAAAGUCUGAUUUUAUGUGUUUUCAUUUCAGGCUGUAAGGCAACAAAAGGUGAACAUUUUGAAAGGGGGUGGUGACUUUCUAUACCCACUGUAUAUCAUGAUUAUUUGUAUCAAUUGGGUGGUGAUUGUUUUCCAAACUCUGCCAUGACAUGUUCUGAAGCAGUAGACCUAACAGCAGAAACAUCGCUAGGCCGACCCAUUCCUCUCUUGCUAGAUGCGCAAUUAACUUGGUGCAGCUGGCUUCCGGGUUAAGCGAGCGGGUGUUAAGAAGUAUGGUUUGGCGGGUCAUGUUUCGGAGGACGCAUGACUCAACCUUCGCCUCUCCCGAGCCCGUUGGGGAGUAAUAAAAAACAGGAAAGAGAAACAGAAUUCAGGAAAAUACUAAAUAUGAUUUUAUAGGGCCCCCUUAGAGUUGUUUAUUAACCAUUCUUUUAUUUAUAUUGACAGAAAACACAUAUCUUGUACACGAAGGACCAGGGGAAGAGUUGCAGGGUAGAGGAGAAGAGAGGAAUGUGCUUGUUUGAAAGCUACGGUAUAUAAAAAAUUGUAGCUCAUGCUAGAAAAGGUUGGAGACCCUUGUUGUAGCGUGUGUGGCAUUUUUAUUUUUAUGACAACCCUCAUUUGUUAUGAUUAAAACGGUCCAAUAAUCAAUCAUGGAGAUGGGCUAUGAGGUUAGAACAGAUCAAACUGUUGACUUCAUACAGAGUUUGAUUUAUGGCUUUUGAAAAGACAUUUCAUCUUCCCAUCUGUACUGUAGCACUAUGUUUGAACAUGUCUUUAUCUGAAGAAUCAAUGACCAAUAAUCAGUCAUAUAGGAUAGAGACCAUUCUCUUGUUUUAUACUUUACAAUUGCAGGGCUAAUUAAACAAGAGCAAGAAGAUGAAUCCAUCACAUCCCCCAAUAGAUACACAGGAAUCGAUCCCCACCUUUCUCCAUGCCAAAGAAAAUAGCAUGCGAUAGUAUUGUAUAUCAGUGAUCCCCUUCCAGCCCAGUACCAACACACAUGUCUUGAUAACACGUUGAUAAAAAAAGCGUCUGUAUUAUACCGUAGUAGACCUAGCCUCCAUUUCCAGUGUUUCAUAUUCACGGUUCAGAAACAAUUGUCUGACACUGUAGACCUGCCUGUGUAUCUCUCCUCCUCCACAUCCUCCUCUUCCUCUUCCUCCUCAUCCUCUCCUCUCUCCAGGCCUGGUGUGGUCAGACCCGGUGGUGAACAUGAGGAAGGUGACACACCAGAGGGUGAGGGAGCAGCUGGCCAACACCGUCCUGCUGCCCUGUGUCUUCACCCUGCGCCCCACCCCUACCAACGAGCCCCCCCGCAUCAAGUGGACCAAGGUGUGGGGCCAGAGGGGCGACGACGGUCGGCAGAGGGAACAGUCCAUCCUGGUCGCCAAGUACAACGUGGUCAAGGUAAAGAUUGACGAAGUGGGAAGAAUACAAAAUGUCGGUUGUACGUAUAUGAAGAGUGUGUGGGCCAUCUAGCCAGUACUUAGCUUCAACUUAUUUAAAAGCAGAAUCUGUAACUAUACAGUAUGUGAUGCACAAUCCUUUCUUCUUUCUAUGAAAAUAAGAUUAAAUACAUUUCCGCUUUUCUGCUGCCAACUGUGAUAAUUGGACCAGCAAACAUUUAGUGGAAUGUCCUUUUUCUUUUUCAUUGCCAUCUUUGUUGUCUUUCAUACUGUAUGCUUCAUUUUGCUUUAAUUGUGUGUUCAUAACUGUUCUGUCUUUUUGUGGUUUAGGUUAAGAAGGCAUUCCAGGGGCGUGUCACCCUGCCCGGUUACCAGGACAACCGUUACAACGCCAGCCUUGCACUCAGCAGUCUGCGCUCCAGUGACUCGGGCAUGUACCGCUGUGAGGUGGUGGUGGGCAUCAAUGACGAACAGGACACCGUGCCCCUGGAGGUCACAGGUAAAGCUGACCCCUGCUAUACUCAUUACACCUGAGUCGCGUUCAAUAGGCACCAAACAGGAAGUAAACGUAACAAAACAGGGAGAGACAACCUGGACUCGUCCAAUAAGAAAUGCCCAUUUUCAUUGUCCAUUGCAAAACGCUUUAAAGUGUUUUGUCCCUAAUGAACACGACCCUGACUGUAGCUCUACCUGGCAUUGCUAAUGGAAUCAGUAUUUAAGCCAGUGGGUUUGUUUACUGUGUGGGAAUGUCUGGUCUGGGGAACGUGACAAUGUGUGCCAACUGGACCGAGUAACAGAUCGUUGACCCCACCGCUUAGGUCCAUUUCAUGCCAUGAAAGCAAAUAGACCUAAUGAGAAAAUAAAGUGUGUUGAUAUCUAGUGUUACAUUGAGUUCUCUGGGCUGUAGUUUAUGUUGAACCCACCCACUUCUUCACUGUGAGGUCCUGUGGAUAUUAUAUGCCAUAUCAGCUAAUAGUAUCAUAGUAAUUACCAAAUGAAAAUCUUUCAGCUGAGAAACAGAUUUUUCCAGGUCACUUGCUGUUUUUAAUAAACGCCUAUUAGAGUAAUGACUAAAGGGAAGUGGCACUCUGCUCUCUGCAUUGGCUUUAUAGUGCUGCUCUUUACUCACCUAGAUCUACACAAUGUUGCCAGCAGUCUGCUGAGCUUCAGCUCCACAUUAUGCCCAGUAGCCUCAUUCACUCACCCACAUACUGUACACUAGCUCCAUGGGCUCCCAGUGAGAAUAGCACAGAUAUAGCGCUGCGCUAUUAUUACACGAUAUGGCCACUGUGUGUGUGUGUGUGUGUGUGUGUGUGUGUCUGUGUGUGCAUGCAGCGUGUGUGUUCCCGUGUGUGUGUGUGAAUGUGUACGUGCCUGUGUGUGUGUGUGUGUGUGACAGUGGCUCUCUCACUCAAUGAUUAUGACAUUAAGGACUGUGUUUUUUCUCCAUCCACAGCUCCUCUCUCUCCUUCCUUUCUCUCUAUUCUCUCUGUUAGAGCACUUUAUUGCUCCUGUAGAGACCCCUGGCUCGGUGCUCAGGAGACCAUGUCCCCCCUCCCAGCCAAUCAAUUAGCACGCCAUAAAACCCCCUUCCUCCUUCAGAAAGAAAAACCCGUUACUGGUUGGUCCAUCUAGGAGCGCACCAAACAUUUUCCCGGACUUAGCGUUAAUUGCAAGUAACGCUACAUUGCAGAACACCCAAUACUAACUCCUCCAAGUGUUAAAUAUACACUGAGUAUACAAAACAUUAAGAACACCUGCUCUUUCCAUGACAUAGACUGACCAGGUGAAUCCAGUGAAAGCUAUGAUCCCUUAUUGAUGUCACUUGUUAAAUCCACUUCAAUCAGUGUAGAUGACGGGAAGGAGACAGGUUAAAUAAUGUUUUUUAAGCGUUGAGACAACUGAGACGUGUGUAUGUGUGCCAUACAGAGGGUGAAUGGGCAAGAAAAAAUAUUUAAGUGAACGGGUAGUAGGUGCCAGGCACACCGGUUUGUGUCAAGAACUGCAAUGAUGCAGGGUUUUUCAUGCUCAACAGUCAUAUUAAUUCUGGCCAGGAUAGGCUUGUUUGUGUGUGUUCUAGGCCCUGAUUAGGUUUUCUCUCUGUCCAUUCGGCCCAUAUUGCAUGGUCAAUUGUCUGUCUCCCCAAUUAGAGCCCAGACAUUGAUCCUCGCUGUCAGCCACAGUCAUGAGAUACAGUAUGUCAGGCCGGCUUAAGUGGUGAUCCACAAAUAGACAUACUGUAUCUACACACAGGUGAUGAUCUCUGCUAUGUAGGUCUAUUCGAUUUUCCGCACAGGCAGGACUGUAUUAGUGUUGUAUACUGUGUUACUGUGUUACAACAAGGGCAUCACUCUAUUAUCUACAGCUAUAUACAGCUAUCUCAGUAUCUGUGCUCUCCUGUUCUCUCCAGAGACUGGAGCAGAGUGGUGUGCUCAGAGCAUGUGCAGACCAGCUGGCUGGAGUGUUUACGGACAUAUUAAAUCUCUCCCUAUCCCAGUCUGUUGUCCCCAUUUGCUUCAAGAUGUCCACAAUUGUUCCUGUACCCAAGAAAGCGAAGAUAACUGAACUAAAUCACUAUCACUCACUUCUGUCAUCAUGAAGUGCUGUGAGAGGCUAGUUAAGGAACAUAUCACCUCCACCUUACCCAACACCCUAGACCCACUACAAUUUCCAUACCGCCACAACAGACCCACGGAUGACUCAAUCGCCAUCGCACUGCACACUGCCCUAUCCAUCUGGACAAGAGGAAUACCUAUGUAAGAAUGCUAUUCAUCGACUACAGCUCAGCCUUCAACACCAUAGUACCUUCCAAGCUCAUCACUGAGCUCGGGGCCCUGUGUCUGAACCCCUCCCUGUGCAACUGUGUCCUGGACUUCCUGACGAGCCGCCCCCAGGUGGUGAAGGUAGGCAACAAUACCUCCGCUACGCUGAUCCUCAACACGUGGGCCCCACAGGGGUGCAUUCUCAGCCCCCUCCUGUACUCCCUGUUCACCCAUGACUGUGUGGCCAUGCAAGUCUCCAACUCAAUCAUCAAGUUUACAGAUGACACAACUGUGGUAGGCCUGAUUACCAACAACGAUGAGACCGCCUACAGGGAGGAGGUGAGGGCCCUGGCUGCGUGGUGCCAGGAAAAUAACCUCUCACUCAAUGUCAACAAAAUGAAGGAGCUGAUCCUGGACUUCAGGAGACAGCAGAGAGAGCAUUCCCCAUCCACAUCGACGGAGCCGCAGUGGAGAGGGUGAAAAUCUUCAAGUUCCUUGGCGUGCACAUCACUGACAACCUGAAUGGUCCAUCCACACAGACAGUGUAGUGAAGAAGGUGCAACAGCGCCUCUUCAACCUCAGGAGGCUGAAGAAAUUUGGCUUAGCCCCUAAGAUCCUCACAAACUUCUACAGAUGCACCAUUGAGAGCAUCCUGUCGGGCUGUAUCAACGCCUUGUACGGCAAUUGCACUGUCCGCAACCGCAGGGUUCUCCAGAGGGUGGUGUGGUCAGCCCAACGCAUCCCUGAGGGCAUACUGCCUGCCCUCCAGGCCAAGAAGAUCAUCAAGGACCUCAGCCACCCGAGCCACCCAAGCCACGGCCUGUUCACUCCGCUACCAUCUAGAAGGCGGAGACAGUGCGGGUGCGUCAAAGCUGGGACCAAGAGACUGAAAAACAGCUUCUAUCUCCAGGCCAUCAGACUGUUAAAUAGUCAAUACUAGCCGGCCUCCGCCCAGUACCCUGCCCUGAACUUAGUCACUGUUACUAGCCGGCUACCACCCGGUACUCUACCCUGCACCUUAGAGACUGCUGCCCUAUGUACUUAGAGUCAUUGAACACUGGUCACUUUAAUAAUGUUUACAUACUGUUUUACCCACUUCAUAUGUAUAUACUGUAUGCUAGUCAAGGCUCAUCCUAUAUAACUAAUGCUGUACACACCCUUUCUAUUCAUAUACUUUCCAUAAUGUCUAUACACCCCAUCACAUACAUACACUGAGUGUACAAAACAUUAAGAACACCUUCCUAAUAUUAAGUUGCACCCCCUAAUGCCCUCAGAACAGCCUCAAUUCGUUGGGCCAUGGACUCUACAAGGUGUUGAAAGCAUUCCACAGGGAUGCUGGCCUAUGUUGACUCCAAUGCUUCCCACAGUUGUGUCAAGUUGACUGGAUGACCUUUGGGUGGUGGACCAUUCUUGAUACACACGGGAAACUGUUGUGCGUGAAAAAACCAGCAGUGUUGCAAUUCAACACAAACCGAUGCACCUGGCAUCUACUACCAUACCCCAUUCAAAGGCACUUAUAGUUUUUGUCUUGCCCAUUCACCCUCUGAAUGGCACACAUACACAAUCUGUCUCAAUUGUCUCGGCUUAAAAAAUCCUUCUUUAACCUGUCUCCUCCCCUUCAUCUACACUGAUUGAAAUGACAUCAAUAAGGGAUCAUAGCUUUCACCCGGAUUCACCUUGUCAGUCUGUGUUCUUAAUGUUUUGUAUACUCAGUGUAUAUAUUUAUAUUCCGGACUCUGACAUUGCUCAUUCUGAUAUCAAUUUAUUUGUUUAUGUGUAUUGUUUUGUAUUGUUAGGUAUUACUGCACUGUUGGAGCAAGAAACAUUUCGCUGCACCUGUGAUAAUAUCUACAAAAUAUGUUUACGCGACCAAUAACAUUUGAUUUGAUUCGUAUGUGUUAUGGCUUGGUAGAAAUAGAGUGUAGUAGUUGUGGGAAAUGUGACCCUCCUGUUAAAUGGGACGGGGCACCCCCCCCCCCCAUGGUGCUCCUCAGAAACCCAUUUGUCUCCCAAGCUCCAGAACGGUAGCAGCUAGCAUCUCUGUGCUUGGCCUGGCUCCUAGCCUCGGCGGGAAGGAGCCCUAAACAGAGACCCUGGGAGAAGAGAAAUGAAAAGCCUGAAUGAAAGAGACGACUCCUGCUACAAAGUUGAGCUGGAGUGUACAGUACAGCAGUAUAUGGAAACAGGAUGGAGGGCUGUAGCGGGGUGUGUGUGUGUGUGUGUGUGUGAUGAGGUGAUUUGAAGGAGUCAGGCGCAGGAGGGUAAAUCACAGAAUAACAGGAUUUAUUCUGAACCACAGAGUCACGCAGAAAUACGUCAAAACACUCCAGUGCGCAAAACAGCCACACUGGAAAAUACAAGGCAUACUGGGAAUAUUCCCGGCGAUACAAAAUACACGGCGCUCCACUGAGCUUCUCUCUCCUCCACAAUAAACAAUCACACACAAAGACAAGGGGGCAGAGGGAACACUUAUACAGGUACUGAUGAACCAGGUGUGUGUAAUAAACAAGACAAAACAAAUGGAAUGAUGAGAUGAGGAGCGGCAGUGGCUAGAAGGCCGGUGACGACGAAUGCCGAAGCCUGCCCGAACAAGGAGAGUCGUGACAGUACCACCCCCCCCCCCAACGUUCAGCUCCAGCAGCGCGCCGACACCGGCCACGGUGGAAAUCACGCAAUAGGGAGGGAUCGAGGAUAUCCCUCACCGGAACCCAGCACCGCUCCUCCGGACCGUACCCCUCCCACUCCACGAGGUACUGAAUGCCCCCCACCCGACGCUUCGAAUCCAGGAUGGAACGGACGGAGUAAGCUGGGGCCCCCUCGAUGUCCAGAGGGGGCGGAGGAACCUCCCGCACCUCAGACUCCUGGAGCGGACCACAUGGAACGAGGGGUUAAUACGGUAAUCUGGAGGGAGUAAUAACCUAUAUGUAACCUCGUUUAUCCUCCUCAGGACUUUGAACGGCCCCACAAACCGUGGGCUCAGCUUCUGGCAUGGCAGGCGUAGGGGUAUUUUCCGGGUCGAGAGCCAGACCCGAUCACCCGGUACCAAAACCGGAGCCUCACUGCAGUGGCGGUCAGCAUUGGCCUUCUGAUAACAUAAAACACAUUGAAAGGGCGAUAGGUUAGUGGAGGAGUGGUGGAGAGAGUUCUGGGCAUAUUCUGCCCAUGGCAAGAACACUGACCACUCCCCCGGCUGGUCCUGGCAGUAGGACCGCAGGAACCUACCCACAUCCUGAUUCACCCGUUCCACCUGCCCAUUACUCUCGGGGUGAAACCCAGAGGUCAGGCUGACCGAGACCCCCAAAAGUUCCAUGAACGGCUUCCAGACCCUGGAUGUAAACUGGGGACCCCGGUCAGACACUAUGUCCUCUGGCACCCCAUAGUGCCGGAAGACAGGAGUAAACAGGGCCUCCGCAGUCUGCAGGGCCAUGGGGAGACCGGGCAGAGGAAGGAGGUGGCAGGCUUUUGAAAAUCGGUCCACAACGACCAGGAUGGUGGUGUUACCCUGAGAGAGGGGAAGAUCAGUGAGAAAGUCAAUACACAGGUGGGACCAUGGCCGUUGUGGAACUGGUAAGGGCUGUAACUAACUCUGGGCACACACCGAGCAGGAGGAGACAUACACCCUCACGUCCUUAGCCAAGGUAGGCCACCAGUACUUUUUGGUCAGGCAGCGCACUGAAUGACCGAUACCUGGGUGACCAGAGGAGGGGGACGUGUGUGCCCAAUAGAUCAGCUGGUCACGGACAGGAGACGGCACGCACUGCAGCCCAGCUGGAAACUGAGGUGGAGAUGGCUCUGUGCGUAACGCCCGCUCUAUGUCCGCGUCCAUCGCCCAUACUACCGGCGCCACAAUACAGGAGGCCGGGAGUAUGAGGGUGUUGUCUAUGGGCCUCUCCUCUGUAUCGUACAGCCAUGACAGUGCGUCUGCCUUCACGUUGUACGUUCUUCGUACACGGGAUGUAUGAUAGUGUAAAAUCAAACCGGGUGAAGAAUAGGGCCCACCUGGCCUGGCGAGGGUUCAGCCUCCUCGCUGCCCGGAUGUACUCCAGGUUACGGUGGUCCGUCCAGACGAGGAAAGGGUGUUUCGCCGUAGUUCUGCUCCGCCGGGCUGAGCUUCUUGGAGAAGAAGGCACAGGGGCGGAGCUUGGGUGGCGUGCCCGAGCGUUGAGAUAGGACAGCGCCUAUCCCUACCUCGGACGCAUCCACCUCCACUACGAACGGUAGUGAUGGAUCGGGAUGGAAUGGAUAGGGGAACCAAUGUAAUGCCUAGACUAUGUGCAAAUGACCUGUCCAUAAAGUUCCCAGCUGCACCUGAAUCAACCAGCACUGGGGAACUACUGUGUAAUCAGGAAAGUGGAUGUGAAGGGUACAGUGCGCAGCAGAGGGCUCUGAACGAGUAUGGGUGUUCGACACCUGGGGUGACGCGAGAGUGCCCUGCCUGCCACGUCCAGACCCAAAAGAACGCUGACAACAGCGUGCAGGAGAAUGUCCUGUCGUGCCACGAGAGUGACACUGGCGCUGUCGUCCUCCGCUCUCCCAGAUCACCGCUCCACCCAGCUUCAUCAACUCCUGAUCCGGGUUGGGGGGGGUCGAUCCGGAAGUGGUCGAUGAGGGCCCGCUCGUUCCACCCGGACCCAGCCACUAGAGUCCGAAACUCCAGGGCGGAGUCCGAAACUCUAGGACGAAGUCCUGCGCGGUCCUCGUCCCCUGCCUCAGGUGGACCAGCCUCUCUACCUUCGGGCAGGUGAUCGAAGAUGGCCCGAAAGAGGCGAGCGAACUCCCCGUAGUUGUCCAACACGGCUCCUCCUUCACUCCAGACCACAUUGGCCAACUCCAGGGCUUUCCCCGAGAGGCAGGAGAUGAGGGCGGACCCCUUCUCCCGCUCCGAUGGAGCCGGCCGGAUAUAUGGAUCCCUCUGGGUGCUGGGGUGAGGGUGGCUGGAUCCGGUCGCUCAGCAGGUCCCGAAAGAUCCGGUCCUCUCCUCUUCAGGCGUUGGACAACCUGGAGAACCCGAUCCAUCGCUUCUCCCAAGCUGGUUAGCAUAUUCGAAUGCGCCCAGACCCGUGCCACGACUCAAGGCAUGUGCUCCUCUCCUGCUGACUCCAUGUUUGGGUGUGUGAUUCUGUGAUGAGGUGAUUUGAAGGAGUCAGGCGCAGGAUUUAUUCUGAACCACAGAGUUACGCAGAAAUGCGUCAAAACACUCCAGUGCGCAAAACAGGUGCACUGGAAAUACAAGGCAUACAGGGAAUAUUCCCGGCGAUACAAAAUACACGGAGUUCCACCAAGCUUCUCUCUCCUCCACAAUAAACAAUCACACACAAAGACAAGGGGGCAGAGGGAACACUUAUACAGGUACUGAUGAGGGGAUAUGAACAAGGUGUGUGUAAUAAACAAGACAAAACAAAUGGAAUGAUGAGAAAAGGAGCGGCAGUGGCUAGAAGGCCGGUGACGACGAACGCCGAAGCCUGCCCGAACAAGGAGAGGUGGCAGCUUCGGAGGAAGUCGUGACAGUGUGUGUGUGUGUGCUUUCAUGUGUAUAAGUGUGGGUGUGUCUGUCAUACCACAGGGAUACGGGCUCAUUUUCCGAGACUAGCCUACAGCGUGAUUGCUCAAAUUGGCCCCGCGCCCAGAGGAGUUUCUGUCAUUAUACUGCACAAAGCAUCAUAAGAUAAAGGAGCCCAUGUUUGGAGCUGUAUCCCGGCCUCCCUCAGCCUCCCUGUCUACAGGCUUUCAUGUAGUGGGCUCCACUGGGAUUUGAUGUGUGGCCCCACAUGCGGGGGAGGUUAGUGAUGCUAGCUUGGUGGGGAAAUAUGAGAUGGACACUUCAAAAGCAAUUCCCUUCUCAUUUCUCGGCACAAUGGAGAGGAAUCCUGGCCAUUCACAGGUCAUGGAAUGAGCGCAUGGGACUCGUCUCUUUCCUUUGUUUCCUCUAUCUCGCUUCUCCUUCACUAUCUAUCUCUCUUUGACUAUCUCUCUUUAUUUCACUGUUUUCUUUUCUGUCUAUGAAAACAAGCUAUAGUAUUGCUGUGGACUGUAAGCUAAAGCAGUAAAGCAAACAUUGUUGCUGUUUGUCAUCCACUGUAUCCAAGGACAAGAUCUCUCCCCUAAAGAUAAGCCUGUCUGAUGCAAAUUAACUUUGAGCUCGGAGGUAGUUUUAUAAAUGUUUUCCAACUUUCUGUGCAGAUACAGAUACAACAUUUGAAGUACAUGAUGAUGUAGGGUUUGAGCCGUGUGUCUGUGCGCACGCACCUGUGUGUGCCAGUGUGAGAUUGUGCGUGCGUGUGUGAAUGUGCCUGCGUACAAGCGUGCGUCCAUGUCUCCAUAUUACCCUGGUGUCGCCCUACGUGUUUUCACCUCUGCAUCCUCUCCUCAGGUGUGGUGUUCCACUACCGUGCCCCCCACGACCGCUACGCCCUGUCCUUCCCCGACGCCCAGCGGGUGUGUCUGGAGAACUCGGCUGUCAUCGCCACGCCCGCUCAGCUCCAGGCCACCUUCGCCGACGGGUAUGACAACUGUGAUGCCGGCUGGCUCUCUGACCAGAGCGUGAGGUAAGGGCAAAACGACUGGGCAUGAAGCUCGACUCAGCAAAAACACACCACAGCAUGGCCACUAUCCUUAUAGGUAGGCACGUGCGCAGAUAGGGCUCUACUUGUCCAGAGCACAUGCCCUUUUGCCCUUCCAGUCUCCAAAGUGCCCUUUGGGGUGGUGGUAUAAUCCAUCCCCCAAAAAUGUAUUUAAAUGUUUUGUCAUUGUUCGGAACGGAGAUUGCGCGCGUCCGGUAUCCAAACGUGCAUGGCUUGAGAGAUGCGGUCACCGGUCGAGUGUGUGUAGCUAGCUACCUAGUUUAAAUAUCAAAAAUAAUGCCACAACAGCAUAACAUUUGAUUAACAUUUGAUAACACUUGAUUUAGCCUACAUCAUCAUCAAUAUUCGGUCUGGUUGGCUGAGAGAGGCAGAGAGACAUAGAGAGGUAAAUCACAAUCAAUCAAAUAAAUCGAGCUAGCUAACUAGCAGAGUUACAUCAAUCAACACCAAUGAUCAGCUGAUACCCCACCCUCUUUUCCCGAUGUCAAUCAUGUCUUUAGGAGGCACUGCAACUAGCUUGCUUACAAUAGGUGAUGAUGAGUGAGUUUGUUGUUGCAGAAAUAAAUAGGCCUAUGCUCACAUACAGUAUAUACAUUUUUUCCACUACAGCGGCAUUUGUCAUGUUAUGAAUUUCAAGAUAUGAAUUAUGAAUGUUUUUUCAUAAUUCACUUUUUUCAUUUUGAGCACCUGUCCCCUGAAAGGUCGGUGCUUAUAGGGUUGUACAAAUUGUUUACUUAUGAUACUUACUUACGAUACACUGCAACAAUGUAAAGCAAUAUCUCUGACGAGUAAGUAUCAGAGGUAAUACAUCUUUAUGAAGAGUGGCAAAGUAUACGUUUACUUCAGACUAACUAAAAAUGACAGGGCUUUGAUAGGCAAUUAGAUAGCUUUCACAAAAUGUCUCUGUUGCCUCUGUGGCCCAGAUAAGGAACCAGGGAAUGAAAUUACCAACAGAAAGUAAGGUAUGCAAAGUAUUUUGACACCAAUGGUCCCCUCAUAAACUCCUGAAUCUCUCGUAUCAAAGGAUGUAAUUGCUUGUUUACAUCUCAGAGGCUAGCUCUGUCAUCACGCUCCGCCAUUUCAACCACAACUAUCCCUCGACUACCUUUUAAUGUUGAUGUUUGUGUUUCAGCUUGCCGCCUCCCGUUAUGUAUGUUGAUGACAGAUAGUCAGUGUGUGUAGUACAGUUAAGAUGUGGAUAUUUUGACACAUCUCUAUCUCAAACGUCUGCCCAAUAAUUGCACUGGAGAAGCAGCUUGCAUAUUUCUCCUCGACAGAGAACUGCAUCCUAUCCUCUCCUAUCCUCUCCUCCCCACCUGGCACACAUAUAAUUGGUCCAUCUCCAGAGCUACUUGGCUACACAUCAAUGAGGAGGCAAACGUGCAAUUAAUAAUGUAAAAAUAGAGACAUCAGCGACCAGGAUGGAAGGCUGAGAUGGGGGAUUUAGCUAUAACAUUGUCUGACGAAAACGGUUGCAAACCGAGCGCAUGCAGGAUUGUAGCUACUGAGUGUGUAAUAAGCCUUUCUUCCUUCCUGUUGUCCUCCAUAAGCCCCUGCAUGCCUCUAUACAUAAUCUCUUAAUCAGCAUUUAGGCUGUACCCUCAAUGCUGUUUGAAUCAAUGUACUUCAGAGUAAUUGCACAGUCGGAGUCCGGAUAUAGAUUGCCUAUUCGCCCCCCCAGCCGAGAGAUUUCUGGAGAAAUUCCUGAUUUUCUUUGGCUCCCCUCCUCCCCCUCCCUCUCUCGCUCUCCUCAGGUACCCUAUCCAGUCGCCCAGGCCGGGUUGCUAUGGCGACAGGCAGGACUCACCUGGAGUGCGCAACUACGGCAAUCAGGCCCCUGAAGAGCUGUUUGAUGUCUACUGCUUUGCCAAGCAACUACAAGGUAGGAGGGAGGCGUCAAUUAGGUUUUAGUCAUGCAUGACCCUGCAAAGCCCCAGGAGCAACGAUGCUGGAACCGCCUGACUUUUGUGCUGUAGCUGGGUGGUGAGUUAUACUGCCGUGGCCAGGAUCAGAGGAAACUUCUACAGGAGGAUCGAGUCCUAUUCACAGCAGGUGCCUUUAAAAUUGGGCACUUGGGAACCUGGGUAAUUUGUUACUGUGCAGAGCCAGACGUUUCAGUUAAUAAUGCUACUGUGAUACUGUAGCAGGAAGUAUAUGAGGUAAUUUUAUGAGAAGUGUCAUUCUUGAUACCUUGCAUAUGACUGGGCUAUCUAGCUUCACAGGAUGGAUGUCCAGUGGUUCUGAGUAUUCUAUGGUUCUUCUGUGAAAUUGCUUUAUUGACCUGUUCAAUCUUGUCUGUCAUCACUUCUCAUAUUACAUUCAACAUCUCUCUAUUCAUCUCAUACUUUAUUGUAAUUAUAUCUCCCCUUCUUCUUCAUAUGGUACUCCCAUCCUCCCCCAUUGCUCCCGUACCACUCCACCUCCCACACCUAUCUCUCUUUCCCCCCACACUACCUCAUUAUACCUCCAUCUCUCCAUCUCCAUCCUCCUCUCCCAGGUGAGGUGUUCCACUCGUCUGUACCAGAGAAGCUGAGCCUGGCCACAGCCUCUACCCACUGCCACUCUCUAAGUGCCCAGCUGGCCACGGCAGGGCAGCUCUACCUAGCCUGGCAGGCCGGCCUGGACCAGUGUGACCCAGGCUGGCUGGCCGAUGGCAGCGUGCGCUACCCCAUAAACCUUCCCCGGCGCAACUGUGGUGGGGAUGAUCCAGGGGUGCGCACUGUCUACCACAACCCCAACCGCACCGGUUUCCCAGUAACCACCACCCGCUUCGACGCCUACUGCUACCGAGGUAACGGCAGGGUCACCAUCACCAUGGCAACCGUCCUGUUUAAUUCCCAUUAAUUAGUGCGUGUUGUUUGUCUCAUGCAUGAAUUAAUACAGAGGGGAUUCAGUGACAUUUUGGUCCCUUCUGGGAUCUGAAAUCUUCUACUGUAGCAACCAGCCAGUGUCUGGUAUCAGCAUCUGCAAGCUCUCAAUACAGACUUAGAGAGACCCAGCAGUGAUCUGUACACUGGCUAUAGCCUCAAUGUCCUUGCAGUGUCAUUCUAUAGUGUUUAUAAUGUUACUGGACCGCUGGUGAUUUGUCUUAGUUUCAAGUUCACUUUGGAAUGACUGUACACUCCUGUGUGCUGUGUGCUUGGAUUUGAUUGUGUUUGUGCAGCGUGUGAUCUGCAUUAGGCUGCAUUUCCUCCUCGGCGUGACAUGGAGGAUGAUUGACAGGGACUAAAUUGAUACAGACGUAAUUAAGUUUUAUCUUAGAUUUUGCCCUAAAAUAAAGUAACCCAAGGAGAGAGGAGGAACAUGUCUACAUGUAUUAUUUAUAAUUUAUUAUUGAAAGCAAAAUCAAAAACAGAGGUCAUCAACAUAUAAGAAUAUGGAUGAGUCACAGCUUAUUGCAAAUAUUAUUAUUUAAAACCCAUGCCUUAUUGCCAGGAAAGCAAAUAAGAAUGCUAAUAUAUUUUUGAUAUAAUUACAGAACGUGAAGCAGGAGUCCAGGCAGCCCAGUCAGUGGGGUUCCUCCAAUACAGAGAGCCAGAGAACAACUCCUCAGACACUGAGCCCCAGCGCUCUGACCCCUUCCCCCAACUCUCCACCUGGACUGGCAUCGUGGACCUGGACAAGGAGGGAAUCAGCUCCAUCGCUGGAGGCAAUGUGUCAUCUGAGAUCUCAGAGGAGCACGUGGUAAUCCUCCUCCAGCCAGGGGAGAGUACCCAGCGCUGGGGAGAGGAGAACCAGGAGACCCAGGACCGAUCCAAGACUGGAGCCCCUCAGGACGCCUCCUCCAGCCCUAAGACUAAGACCAGUACCCUGGGUCUGUCUGCUCUGGAGAGUCUGGAGACCCACGGAGGUUCUGCCCAGGAGGAGGUGGAGGAUGAGGGGGACGAGGAGGGGCGUUUCGGGACAUCGGACUCCCCUCUGUCCUCCCAGACCUCUCCAACGCUCCAGGCCCAGACUACCAAUAGCGUUCUCCACAGCUUCGUCAACAACCUGAUGAAGCCCUUCAAGUAUUGGACGGGCUCUAUGGAGACCGACACGGAGGCCCCUCCCCCAGCCACACCUGCCUCACUGCCCGAGGGGACAGAAGCAGAGGAGGACCAGGCACCCCCAGGGUCGGCUAAGGUCAACCCCACUGAAGGGAGGCCCAAGCUCGGCAGCAAAGGAAGUAAGGACAAUGCCAUCAUGGAGCAUCGGAGCGGAGGCCCCUCACUCAAGACAUCCACCGGUGGGCUCACCAGCUCAGAGGAGGGUCUGUCUGAGCAGGAGAAAGAGGUGGUCCCCUUAGUCCCACUUGGCCCUGUGACCCUGUACACAGCCACCCAGCCAGGGAGGAAGGAUCCAAGCACAUCCCUAACCAACCCUUCAGCCUCUUCCUCUAAUGGUAAGAGCCACCUGCAAUCCAUCCAUCAGAGAGGCUAUGUGGGUUGGCUGAGUACACCCUGUCUCUUUAUAAUGUAG